UCUGAAUAUUUUAAAAAUACACAACACGCUUGUAUUCCUGGGUUUUGCCCAAGCAAUUGCUAGGGUAAUACACCGAACUACAAGUUGGCCGUUUGACGGAAUUUUGAAAGGUCCGUUCCGUGUUCGACAGGAAGAAAAAUUAUCGAUUUGAAGAAUCGAACCCAACGGAAAUAACAGAUUGAGCGGUGAAGGAAGAAUAGAAACUAAUUUCUCUGCUCGAAGCGGGUGUUUUGAGAAAUUCUUUGAGUAAUCUUCUACAUUACAAGUCUUCAAGGAUUCUAAACAAAGCUCAAGUGUGGUGACUGCGUGAAUGAUGGAGUUUUUGCAGAAGUUGAAGAUAUCAGGCGGGGUGAAUUUGAGCAACCUACGCCCUUCUCGUACGGAUAGCCAAGAGCGGACGACAAAUUUUACUUCGCCUUCGAGUCCGAAGCAUGAUUCAAAAGAAGAAGUUUCGCCUUUGCCACCGAGGGGCUCGCCUGCCGCGAAAAAGAUGAAAAUUCUGCUUGUUAUCGAUUCUCCCGACACUGAUUGGUAAGCGACAACUCAGUAUUAUGUAUAGCUGUUUUAAGAUUCCUUGAAAUUAAUCGCUGUAUAAUCUGUGUUUCGUUAUGAACAGAAUUAGAAAUCGAAGAUCAAAGAUUAAAAUUUUUAGUUGAUCUCAAUUUAAAUCACCCCAAAACGGAUUUCUAUGCUGUUCAAUGGUUCUCACUGUCUGAGUAUUUCGAACAAGGAGACAUUUUAUUUAACACUGCAAAUCCAAGGUUGUGUACGACUCAGCUUCAUGAUUGUGUACGGAAUUUGAUAAAGAUAACCUAGAAUUAUUAUCAGAAAAAAUGUAGCAUUCCGGGUGUGAAAAAUUUUCCAAGAAACAACAGGAUAAUGUAAUGCACGACUGGAACAAUAUAAAGAACCCACUAAUUUAUAUCACGCAGAAAAAAUGAAAUGCACUGUAAGAAUUUAUUUACUCUGUGUUCUGUAUUGGUUUUUUGCCUACACUAAUAGUUUUGUUGUCGUUUUAUAGGGCAAAGAUAUUUAAGGGUCGACAACUACAUGGAGGAGUUUAUGACGUUCGAGUUGAACAGGUUUGAUAAAAUCCAUAUUACCUUUUCAACAUUGAAGUUAUAAAGUACUCAAAUGAUACGCGUGCGACCACACGCGGAGAACCCAAUUUUUCCAGACACAGCGAAACUGUCGUGUUUACGUUUUAUAUUUAAUGUCGGCGCCCUCGAUGCCUUUUCCAUCUCAAUAUAUUAGGUGUUCUUGAGGUUUAAAUUCGCAGCGAUUGUUUUUAAUCCAACGGGUUGUUAAUUGACAAUAUUUUCGUGUCAGGGUUUAGCAAAUCGAACUGACAUCGCCACUCGCAUAGCGGUUGUGGUUUUCGUUUAUUUUUGAACCAAAAUAAUCAACGAAGAUGUCAUUUGCAACACUGAGUCAGAGGAAGGAAUAAGAAAACAUUACGCUGGUUGUCUUGGAGCUUUUAAUGUGAUUACUUUUGACAAUCGUACGUGAGGAGAUGGUAGAAAUUAGCAUGUUGUUCCCGCUCUUUUUGCAUUCUUAUCUACGAUGUUAAAUAUUCUCGCAUCAAGAUCUUUUUUGCUUAACCUUUACUUACAUCUUUUUAAAAAAAAGUUAUCUUGCCUUGAAUUAGGGUGUGAUUUGAUUUGAUCGGAAAACCAUUGCGAGGUUAAAAGGAAAUUUCUUCCCGUGAAAAAUUAAUAAGUCGCGCUUUUCGCACCUAUUUGCAUGUCUAAAUUUUACUGAUAUAUCGUCAUCUCUGAAAAAAUUGUGAUUGAUUCAGAGAAACUAAUGGUCUGUGGUUUUCUAAAUCUUUCAUUUUGUUUCAUUUCAUUUAUUUAUUUAUUUAUUUAUUUAUUUAUUACGCGAGUAGUCAAACAAGUGAAAAUUCUCUGCGAUAAAAGAGACCGAAUACACAGAAUAUUUCGAUUUGAAGAGAAAAUGCAAACGGGAAGAUGGCACUGAAAAAGAGGAUUUUAUUUAGAAUAGGUAUCAGCCAAUCAUGAGGAAGGAUACAUUUCCAUAUUUGGUUUCGAGCUGUGAACUCGCGCCUUCUCAAUGAGCCCCGCGUCAGCAGGGGAACUGCAUGAGUCACUUUUCCCGCCUAAAUCUUUUACGGUCAAAUUCCCCUACAAUCUUUUUGCUCCUGUUUAUCAAUUUUGUUGCAAAUAAAAUUUCGACGAUAUUUGGCCUGAAAAAAAAGCUGGCUGAAUAAACUCUUCGACGAUUCAAAAAUAAGCGGUGCUAUUUUUUGUGAUAAGACAAAGUUCUGUAGCGUUUAGAGGUUAACAUUUUUAGCUAGAAUUUGUAAUUUUAGGUUUGUAAUUUAAGAUUGAAGAAACACCGAGAUGAAAGAAUAAAAAUAAGCAAGGGUCUACUGAGAAUAAAAUUCUUUAAUACUCUUUGUUUUUGUAUUAACAGGCGCAAUUCGCAGACCUGAAUCUGGCUUCUUACUCUGACAGUGGCACAAUGGUGGAUAUCCAAGUGUACCGCGAAGGCACUGUUGUCGUCAGGUAACCACUCGUAUUUUAGAGUCAAUUUCGAUUGAGGCUUGUAAAACUGACCUCAGAUAAAGUAAUUACAAUGGCAACCAAAGCUAAGUUCACGAUAACCAAUAAAAACACAAGGUAAAAACAAUGAACGAAGCCUGGGAAAACCUGAGUGACUAUCACGUAAUCGCAGUUGGUUUUAGUUUAGCAGCUAAUUGGCUCAGUCCUGCUCCGUCUGUUUCACUUCACACUUUUCACUCUUUUAUUUUCAUUUUCUUAAAUAUUUACAAGAUAUUACUUUGACCCGCAGAUAGCAAAUGAUAAUCGAGGCGGGUAAAGUUUUACUUCAUCUGUUGAAAAUAAGAGACCGGACCAGGUUUAGGAACUUAAUUUUCACCAAUUUGUUUCCAGGUCAUUUCGCCCCGACUUCGUUCUCGUUCGACAAAGUGUGCGAGGUGUUGGACCCAAAGAAGACUAUCGCAACAUUCUCCUUGGAUUACAGUUUGGCAACGUUCCCAGCGUGAACUCGCUCACAUCGAUUUACAACUUCGCGGAGAAACCAUGGGUGGUAAGUUAACAUUAUAGAUUUAUUUUCAAUGUUCAAUUUAAUGUAAAAAAAAAAGGGAGCAGGAUUGUGCGCUUUGGGGUUGAUUUUGAACGAUCGCUUUACCCUCUUAGUUAGUAAUACUUUUUUCUGAUAAGUAGUUUAGGUAACAUCGGGUUUUCCUGUAACAAACACGCGUAAAGAUUUGUUUUUGUUUUCUUUUUAAAUGCCUACAAUCAAGCUAAACAAAUGCUUGCAGCUAUUCAUUUAAAAGUCUUUCCUCAUCAUUAAGUCUUUUUUCUCUACUCUCGUCACCAGUUCGCUCAACUAAUUCAGCUUCAGAAGAGACUGGGAAAGGAUGAAUUCCCAUUAGUCGAGCAAGCGUACUAUCCAAACUACAAGGAAAUGGUGAGUGAUACUUCUUAAAUUUUUUCAUGGUGGGAUUAAGUAGUUUUUAGUAUCAAAUGUUACGGCUUUACAAGAAAUUAUCUCAGCGACAUGGAGUGGUUUGGUAGUUGUGCAUCAAAAGUUCUUCGUUAUUUUAAUAAGUUAAAACAAUAGCAUAAACUUUUAAACUGAGUACAGUUUUAUUGCAGCGAUUGAAAUCCCCUCCUAGAAGGGGUUUGUCUUAAUACUGUAAAGCAACAACUUCUUGUCGAGUCUGUUCCUAUUUGGUUAAUAACCGUAACAAUAAGCCUGACUUAGAGACUAUUUACAAAAGCUUAGUUCUAAUUUAGAUCCAAUACAUGAUCUAUUCGUCGCUCUCUGUGUGUUUACAACUUAAAGAACUAAAUGAUGACCACUUUUUUUUUUUUUGAAAUGAAAUUUUCAAGCACUCAUGCAUUUUUUUAAAUCGGCCUUUUGAGGCGCGAUCCAUCUACAUUUUUUGCGGCCUUUCACGCAGUAAGAAUGCUUUGCUCUGCAAUUCUUCAUGCGAUCAUCACUUCCUUGUAAGUGGCAUCCUUGAAUCAAAUCUUUGCAGAGCUCUGGUCUUUCUUUGAAGCAGUACUUGUCAAUAUUACACAGGCAGUAUUUUCCAUAAAUCCUCUUGAGCCCGCGACGUUGUUGAGCAGUGGUGUCGUUCCAUAACGAGUGCCACUGGCACGAUUCUAUCGUCAACUUUUUCUUUCCUUUGUAUGGUCUUCGGUGUUGGUUCUCUACGUAGCCGAGCAGAAUGUAGAUUUUAGAAAUCUGAAGGCGUACGCCACAAGCGGCUGAGUCGAGCUCUGUUGUAACUUGGACAACGUUUUUCCUGCGUUUUCCCGUAUCACUUUGCAUCUCGGCAACGCGUUCAAUUUUCUUGCCCCCCUUGAAGGCUUUGAAGACCUUGAGGGUAUAAAUUCUGCUGCUGUUGUCCCAAGACUCGUUCAAAACCUUAGCACGAAUGGCUGUAAAGUCAGAAAUGUUUUACGUUAACAGGGUGGGCGUAACCUUCCUUAGACAAUCAUUAACAAAACAUCUCGUGUUUGUGGGAGUCUAUUUAGCGCACUUGAGCUAACCAAGCAAGCAAAGAAGAAUCAAGAAUUAUAAAAAAACGUUGAAUUUACCUAAUUUUGUAACAUCCCCCACACUGAAGGAAGGAAAGAAUCAUUAAACCACUACUGAGCCGAAUUUCGUGAUACAAUGUUUGCCAUAUCCGAUUAAAAGAUCUGUGUCCUUGACUACCUUUUCCUCAUGGGCAUAAAACACCGAACACUCAAUUAACAUCUCACUCAACGCAGUGUCUAUUUUGGUCAAGGAUCAUUUUUUAAUGGCUGGCAAUGAGCCGCAGAAUGUGAGAGAGAUAAUUUUUCUGAAUUCCGUCACGAAUGAAUCGUCAGCAGUUUACAAGUUACAGCUUCGAUGCGUAAAGGUCGAAAAUUAAGGAACCUUGAAGAGCAGCGAAAAUGCGCACAACGAGAAAAAGUCCGCGAAUUUUUGAGUGCGAGAGAGCGUAUGGAUCGGGAUUGAUUCUCUUGUCACUGUUGUUAAUUAUCCGGCGGCCGGGGUAUACAAAUCUAAAAUCUUAACAUAAGUGGCAUUUCACGGCUCACCCAGGUGCUAUUGGCUACAUAAAGUAUCUUUUCAUUUUUUUGUUUUAAAACAACCCCAAUCCUGUAUUUCCUCUGUUUUUUUUUUUUUUUUUUUUUUUUUUAAUUGUGAAGUAACGAUGAGCCAUUUUAGAGAUUGAGUGAUUAUGUAGUUUCUCAUAAGCUUCUUUUUAAUUGUAGUGAUCACAGGCUUAUGCAAUUAUUUUUAAGGGGGCAUCCCGACCACUAGGAAUUUCUGCUCUCUCUUCAACAAAAUUUCCGAUUUCUGUGACUCGUUGCCAUUUUGAUAAGGCCUCUGGCACAUCGCCUUAACCUCAGAUAUCACACCAUACUUACCUCCGGCUCGUCAUUGUUGUUAUUGCUGUUGUUUGUGUUUAUAUUUUGAAAACCUCAAUAGGGCCAUAGAAAUGAAAUUUGCUCCUGUAAAUUUUGUUGUGAUCACAGAUUUGUGUUUCCGAACCUUCCGGCCAUUUUAAAAUCGUGGUGAUGACGGGAAUUCUUACGAGCUUAUUGGUAAUUCAGCGGAUCUUUGCAUUGGGCUUACGCAAAUACAUUUAAGGGGGCAACCGACGAUUUGAAUUGCCGCUCUGUCGUGAAUCAUGUUUCGAGCUCUGUGGCUCAUUGUCACUUAAAUAAGGUCUUUGGCAAAACGCCUUAACCUCUUUUCUGUUAUCACAUCGUUCCUCUUAACCUUUCCGUUGCGACAGCGACAGAACUGGACGAAUUAUCUUACAAACGGUAUUAGCGAGGUGAAGAUCAAGAUGCGACAAUCCUGUUCUAGAAUAACAAAACAGUAUUAAGUUUUCUCCAAUCUUGGAAAAUAACCUGUUGUUGGUGUCGUCAAUGUGUUUUUUUUUUUAUGAAUUCUGUGGACAAAAUAUUUGUAUAUUUGCCAAGUUACAAGAUCUCAUUUCCCUCCGUGCCUCCAGUUAGGAGAAAAAAGAACUUUCAUAAAGAGAUAAAAGAUUCAAUUGAAAGAAGGAAUAAAACGGAUAAUCUUUUAAAACGUUGUACUGUUAUCAUUUCUAGACAAAGGUAAUUUCACUAAGUCGAAGAUUCAGUUGUUUUGUCCGAAUAUUUCAAUCAUCCAACAGUAUAGGAGUAGGUUUUUUUUCCAUUUCUACACCUCGCACCAAUGAGAGCAAAGCUCGUAUUGGGUUGAUUGCGCUUGUAUAUUAAAAGUCUCUGCCGUCCACAUUAGUAAAACAAACAACACAGGGCAUGACUAAUGAAAUUCAAUAAAUUUAAAAAUGUCCAAAAGUACAUGUAUAUAAAUCAUACUGUCAAGAUUUGAUUGAACUGUUGGAAGCACUGGUAUACCUUUUAAAUGUGAGAAGAUGAAAAUGCGCAUGAAAAUAAUUGUAAAUGUAGAUGAUGGGUUUAAAAUGAUUACUGAACGUAAUGUGGGUAGCUAAUAAAAGGAUAUCACCUGUACUCACCAAAAUCUGCGCUGCAAAAUCUUGACUGCGGGUGAGCUUGAGUGCACCAGCAUGCCUCAUUUAUGGUCACUACACAAAGGAAGAUCGUAAAAAAGAAGAGAAGCACUGCCAUUGGAAGCCCUGUUUUUACUUCAGAACACAGCACAGUUGUCACCGUCGUACCUCAACCUGUUUCUGAUGUCCUGACCAAAAGAUCUGUCUUGUAUACUCUAGAAAGGAAUCUUGGUAAUCUACCAAUGAAAAGUUUUCAAUUUCCCCAAUAAAAUUUAUUGGAUUAUUUUAAUGAAUCCGGCCAAAAGAUUAAUCUCAUUAGUCUAUCUUUUAAGUGAAGUCUAACAUGAAAUAUUUGCCUCUAAUUAUGCCGAGUUCGCCGGCAGACGAUGACGUAUGUCAGGGACUGAAAGUGAAAUAAACGAAAAAACAAACCAAACAAGGAAAGUUCUAAGUUGUUCUCAUGAGCUCAGUGACUUAAAUGGAACUGUGAUUAACUACACAAUGAUUGCAGUCAUUUCUUAUGAGAGUUGGCAACUUUAAAAUUGCUUAAUUUACUACGAUUUAGAAUAUAUUACCAGGCAGUUUCUUUCUAGGAAGUGGUUGAGGAUCCAUAUUUCGUUUUAGGUGUGUGUCAUAAUGUAGCUGUACCUUGCAUUUUUGUGGACUGUAAAGACAUAUACAGAAUUGAACAUUUUCAGUUAUUUCAGUUCUCCGUGUCGGUUACCACGCCUUUUUACCACUGAAAAUUCACAUUGCUAACGUCAAGUUGCUUCACUUGAAAAUCAAAUUCAAACUUUAACGAUGUAAAUGCAUGUGGGAACGUGAACUACCUGUUAAAAGCUAAAUAAGGAAAAAAGAGGUUAUCAAUAACUUCUAUCAGUGACUUGCAACAGGUAUCAUUCUGCAACACGCCAGCAGUUUUAAUUAAGUGGUUCAAAAUGCCGACAAAAUACCACACAAAUAGUGCCCCGGUAAUGAUUGAAAUGUAUCUAACUUCCUCCUCUCUGCAGAUAGAAGUGGUUCUGAAGGCCGCAAACUAAUGAAUCUUUCCGUUCAAGAGAAGUCAGUCCAGUUUUAAUAAUUUGCGUGAUGGGUUUUCUCGUCACUUCAAAUUUACACCGGCCUUCCAACAGAUUGCAUGUUUCCCCUUGUGAUGACACCAACAUUUACUGAAUUAAAAAUCGUAUAAAAGUUCCUCCUUUUUAACAAUUUUGGUGAAAUUUAUAAGAAAGAGAGAGUUUUAGCAACUUCAUCUAGCAAAGAACAAAGAAACCCUUGAAGAUUUGCUGUCGUGCCUAUCAUAGUUUCGAUACAGGUGGUCAUAGUUAAAAAUAUUGCAUCGUUAAUUGAGACUAAAUGGGGACAAAUUUCCUAUGUUACACCAAAAUAUCGAUUUAAAACUCCAUUGAAAGGUCGAAAAUUGCACCUUCCAUGUAGUUUCGCAUUCGGGUGCCAUACCGCCUGAGACGAACUCUUUACCACAAUAAGCCAUACACAAGGUUCCUAACUAACAUGCGUUGCAUGAUCCGUAAUGUCAAAAGUGUUUUAAAGAAAUUGAAAUUGAAAAUAGAAAUAAUAGAUUUGGAGCCAAGCUUGAGCUAAGAAUUAACCCUUUACACCCUGAUAUCAGUGUGCAUAUUCUCCAUACUGUUCUCUAUAAAUUUCCAAAGGUUUUGACGAGAAGAUUUUGUAUAACAAUCAAGAGCUUCUUGAGUUGGUGAUCAUUUCCUUUACUCUCGUUACCUCAAUGUGUAAUUCAUGGUUAGUAUUGCAAGGAGAAAUUACAUACUAGUCACCCUCAGGGUCAAAAGGUUAAGUAGGGGAGUGAACAAACAAAGUUGCUUUAAAAUCCCACAAUAAACGACUAACGUAAUCGUUACAAGAAGACGCCGAGUGGGUAGCAAGCUAGUAAUCUUGCCACCCUGCGUAUGAAUGCGUCGUUUGGCGGCGAAUCUCUUUGCUUUUUUCUUUAUUGUUGUUUUUGCAAUCUAACAGUUCUAAACUGAUUAUUUGAGAAUUUCAUAAACUGGACCAUGGCUUCUUUAUUUCGGGCAUAUUUAAAAAUAUCGCGUUAGUAUUUAAGGGACCAUCACCGUGGUUUAUUUUGUCUGGGUCAGAAGUGCGCGUUAAUAAAAGAUUCGAUUUAGCUAUUACGGUUCAUAUAGGGCAUUCAACUCAGUGUUAAUCGCUUCAGUUCUUUCUAUUUUGUGCCCAGUUAAGGGGCUAAGCUCAGGUUAUAGCUUUAGUCUUACUUAGAAGUACCGACUAAUCUUAUAAAUAAGGAACGUGGAUGGGUAGGAAAUUACCAAAGUCAAACACAUUUACGAAUCGUCGUCUCAGUCAAUUUUGCCUUAAAAAUACUGUAACGCGUAACUUCACACAUAACCUCAAAUUAUCACAAAUGGUACAGACUAUAACAAACAAAUGAUAAUUCCUAAUUUCCUGGCUCGCGCUUUGCUACAUAUUUCUGUUUCUUUUCCAGCUCCUAUAAGCAUAACGUUGUCGCUGGGAGCAUUGUCUCAUUAACUGAAGAGUCAUUGUAUUUGUUUUGCUUUAUUGCGUCCAGUGAUUGGUCCAGAAAACUGGCGCUAAGCUCUCAGCCAUUUAGAUGAAAAACUAAAUCUAAUCGCGACUUGUAACUCGCGUGUUCUCGCGCCUCAGGCAAUGUGCUUCUUUCAUGUUUGAGCUCUCGAUGGCUCGGGAACGAGGUAAUCAGAAUUAUGUGCCGGUCGUAUUAUGUGAUCCUCCGUGUCAGAGUAUAUAUAGAACAGUAUUCAACAUAGUUUCGAGAGUAUUCCGGAAAUGUAUUGAUUUCGCUUCGGGACGAUCUUUUAUUGGUCUUGAAAACUCGCGCCACCCUCUCGACCAAUUAGAUACAAAGAUAAAACCAACUGCGACUUUGCCCCUUUUGUUUUCCCGCGCUUAAGGCAGUUUGCGUGUUUCUUCUGUGAAUUCUCAUUGGUUCCUUGUGAUAUUUCCUUUGUUCUGAUUGGUCAUUGUGAUCACUGUGGUUUGGCUUAACGACCUUGAGUCAAUUGACAUUCACAUAAAAGCUGCAAAAAAAAAUUGUGAAUGACAGUAAAUUUUCAACAGUCGGAACAGAAUUACUCUUUUAAAACAAGAUAUCGUAAUCAACAUGUGUCACAGCUUGUCUUGAACUAAUUUUAUUCUUACUUUUUCAAAAUGUAACUUAGACUCAACGCUACAAUAUUUUGAAAGACUUAGGACUAAUUCAAUUAUUUAAAAUCAGAAAAACCUUUGAACAUGAAUUUGCGACGUAUCAUUCACGCGUCGAACUAACUUCUACAUUGCACAUAUAAAAUGGCAACUGUCAUCAAGUAUUGAUGAAACAUGUUAAAAAUAAACUGAAAUUGGUCUCAUAGUUAACAAAUACUACGUUCGUUAAUUCUAGUUGGAUGUCCUUCUGAGAAAAUUCGCUUUUUUGUCAUGAAAACUGGAAGGGAAACAUGAUUGUCAUUUUAUCUUUCCCUAUUGUCGUCGAAAUUGAUUGUAAACAAGUAUUCAUUGUGUUUUUAAGUCCGUUUCUAUGACUUUGAAAAGAUAUUUUCUCUCAUUUUUAUGGGUGAUUAGCGCUCAAAUUUCUCUUUAAAAUUAUAUAUAUAUUGUUAGAAAACACCAAAAAAAUUAUCAACACCUAGUUUUAGGAACAACCAAAAGAGAAAAAUACUGUUCUAUAUUAGAAAUACAGCCUGCGGAUCAAAUGAUCUAAUUACAGAGGUAGUAAUCUUCGCGGAAGACUCGAAAUCAUCAACCCUUUAACUCCCAGAAGUGAUAAACAAGAUAUUUCUCCUGAUAAUAUCCACACACUAUCCAGCAAACAAGUGAUGAGAACACUAAGACUUAUUAGGUUGAAGUUGUGAAGAUGAUCUAGCACAAAAUCUCAUAACUAAUUUCCAAGCAGCUGGAAGGGAGAAGUAACAAUCAGAUCUUGAGAGAUAAAGGUUAGGGCAAAUUUUUAUGUUCUAUGUUUCGUUACACAUGCUCUCUGUUCAAAAAUGAGUUAUUAGUCUCGAGGUCGUUAUCGUUUUUCGCACAGAAAUUUUGAGUAGUCUAACUAGGGCUGGUGGUUAGCCAUGCACUCCUUGUACUUUGGUGUUUCGUACCAAGAGCACGCGGUCCCUUUGGAGUUUUUCACACAAUAGGAGUGGUCCCACUCACAAGGGUUCUUGCGAGGAGAUAGAUGGGUUGAAGCACAUCCUUUGAGCUUUCCGCAGUCUCUGCCGUGACACAGUGCAAGCUGACAAUCACAGUUUUGCCCAUAGAAGCGCCUGAUACCAACACGUACAGCCUGGCGCUUGAGGACUUGGGACCAAUCUUGUACAAAAUUGCAUAAGCUCACCCAAAGUUUACCCUUGCGAAACCUUCCGAAGAUGACGUACCUUGUGUCGUUCUUAAUCCAGUCAAGGCCACAGCUGGCACCAUCUUUGGAAGUAUAGACCUUGGCAAAAAGACUUCCCUGGUUGGACCCAUAAAACCGAACUCCCUCGGUUUUGUUUAGUGCUGUCGCUCCCUUGUAAGUCUUCAGGAUUCGCAUACCGAUUACUCUGUCGUACCCCUCCACUUCUUGAGACAAAACCUUCGCACGUAUCACUGAAAAAGAAACAAGAAUUAGGUUCAUCGUAUCUUCCUCUUACCGAAUGAACACAAUUACUUCCAGCUGAAAUAGGAAUAAUGAUUAUAAGCAACGAUAUUAGAAGUAUUUCAUGUAAAACAGUUUCAGUAAACUAUCUUUAAGCACAAUUCUAAACACGAAAAACAAAUUCAUCUAAAGAUAUGUUUAGUAAGAAAAGUCUUCAGCUGUAAUGAUUAGCGACUAACAUUCCGCUGUAUCAUAAGGGGGCUGGGUGAAACUGGGUCAGUAUAUGAGAAUGCAACAUGUUCAGGAGUCUUUCGAUCUGCCUUGGCAAACUAGUAAUAAGAAUUCGGAAACUUGGGGGAAAAAAAUCAAACCACGAAAUUCUUUCAACGAAAAUGUGCACCAGCCAAAAAGGAGAAUCGCUUAUGAGAUCUUAGUCUUAGUAAUACAAAUGUUACUAUGCGUAUCAGUGUAUUGUUAGGAGCUUGAAUAGGUGAACAUGACCAGGAACCAGGAUUGAUAAUGUAGUUCAGAAGAACGUGCCUUUCGGCAAAUGGAAAUGAUUCAUUUAGCUCUUGUUCUAUUUACUGGAUAUUUAAAAGUUGAACUAUGUGGAUCAGUAUUUCUCGUAAUUUGACCUUAACAUGAGAAAUUUAGGUCUCGCAAAAAAUUUCACCUCAACCUUCGUAAUGACCAACACAAAGAGUGAUAGCAGAGUACAAACUCUAAAACUAUUUCCGUUCUCAGUGGAGGCUAUCGAAGCUGAACUUGAAGUAUCUUUACGGAAGUUGCAAGCACUAGAGGAAGCCUCACAAAACGCUAGAUUAGAAACGUUAUCUUGUCCCAAGAACAAACCAAUAGUUCAAAUUAUGCGGGUAAUAUCAGCGUUUAAAGCGAAAAAUGGUGACUGCGUUAAACAGAGCCAAACGAGGAAUCGAAGCUAUUUCUAAGGCGGGAACAUUGCACGCACGUUUUUACAGCCAUAUCUGACCACAUUAUCAGUGCUUUUGUAAAAACAUUAAAGUUCCCUUUGCGCAGCACGCGAGCUACGUGCCCGGUGAAGAUAAUGGCUGAUAAAGUGAAGAUCAAAACUCCCCGCAAAGCCAGCUAAAACAACUCCAAUAUCCGGUUCAUAUUUCAAUAGCAAAUCUAGUUAUUGUUUUUUUUUCCUUGUUUGGUUUUUCUCCUUUCCUGCGGAGUAAUUCAAGUUCUUCACAAGAUUCUUUCUCUCGGUCUCUGAACCGAUCAAGUACAAUGAUGCAUAUACGGACUGCUGAGCGUGCGCUCCGAUCUGAGCUUCAAUUUACUCAAGGAUGCUACACUUUUAAAAACACGAGUACGUAUCCGUGAUAUCAACGGGAGGAUUAUGUGCUUUGUUCAUAAGUGGAUAAAUAUUUGGAACAAUCUACAAAGCGACCGCAUAUCAUAACAAAAAAAGCAAACAGAAGGGACAUUAGUGGUUGUUUGUGCAAAUAAAUGGGCUGUUUGUUUUAUCUUGAGAUGAAAGCACACAUCUUCGACAGGAAGUGUCGAUGAUACAUAGAAGAAAUGUUGAAACGCCAAUUUCCUCUUUUAAGUAUCGAAUGCUUCGCGCGUUUGAAGUGAUGAAGGCUGCUGAUGGGUUAGCUUUUUGGGUGGCUUUGAAUGCAUCGCCUAACUGAAACUACUGAGUUCGACUGCAGGUUACACAAUUUUCAGAACUGCUGUAAUUCAGUAGGUGCACAGUCUAUCACAAACAGGCCUAGAUAACGCUUGUACUCUGGUGUUAAAAUUAGGCUUAAAUCAUGAAACUGUGGAGCUUGUUGAUUCUUCACUUAGAUUCUAUGAGCAUUCUGAAAAUUCAUAACGUUUUUUCCUAGUAUUUAUAUCGGUUAAGAAUGUAAAAUAAAUACAACUAUUUCAUGCCAACUCAAGUCAAAAAGUUGACCCGCUAAAUGAACUCGGCGGACGAUUAGAUUCUGCAUAAAACUCUGCCCAAAUAAAAUAUGCUCUUCAAGGACACCCUUAAAACAGUUCUUUUACUACCAGGAAGUCAAUGUUUUGUUUGAGAAGUGCACCAUGUGUGUGCGAGCAAACAAAAGCGAGGGCGCCGUGAGUUACAUUUUACCAUGGAAUUUCAAACACCUUUGUCUUACAGUCUAGUGAAUGAUUCGCAACUUACCAAAUCCCGCAUUACAGAAGGCUUCCUGGGGAUGUUGCGGCAUACAACUGCAGGCCUGGCUUAAAGCCACGAAACCCAGGAACAAAGCAGCGUGAACGAUAAAGGACAUUCUCUCCUUGUGUCGUUGUUGUACACUUCAACUCUCUACUUUGCCUCGCUUGUUGAGGAUUAAAAAGAGUGAUUGCUGUAUCUGAUAGCUGGCUCAGUUGCAGCUUAUAUACUGACAUCAUCAGCGCGUGUCAAAUGUGAUAUCCCGCAGAGCCGGGUGCAGCUGACGAAAGCUCCGUGCCAUGCGUCGCUGAAACGCGUAAGCAGCAGAAAUAUGUGUUACGAAACCGUAUUUCCUCUGAAAGUGUGAAAUAAGCGUCCUAUUUCUCACUUCCUUUAUAAAACAUGAAGUUAAUUGACACAUUCCUGUCAUGUCAUCUGCCGUGCAUGUUUUGUGCUGAAACGUCAGGGGCCAUUUUUUUUUUUUACUUGACUCGGAGGAUUUUUUUAGACUAGAGGAGUAUGGAAUUAGAAGUAGAACAAAUUCAGUAGGAACAGUGGAAGAUUGGAAUAGUAAAAAAUUGGAAUAGUGGAAGAUUGGAAUAGUAAAAUAUUGGAAUAGUGGAAUAUUGGAAUAGUAGAACACUGGAAUAGUGGAACAGUGAAACAAAGGAACAGAGGAACAUGAGAAUAGGGCAAGAGAAGAACAGAGGAACAUGAUAAGAUAUAAAAAGAACUCGGACGAAAUGAACAGAGGAUUAAAAGUAUACAAGGACAAUAGAAAACGAGGAACGGUUAAAGCGAGAGGAAAAAUAGGAACAAAUAUACAAAGGAACAGAGGAAUACACGGACAAAAGAACGAAUGGAAAGAGAAACGUAGAAACAUAAAGACAGAAGGAGGACCAGAGGAUAAACCCUCACAUCUUUGAUUUGAAUAGUAAAAGAUUGGAACAGUGGAAGAUUGGAAUAGUAAAAGAUUGGAAUAGUGGAAGAUUGGAAUAGUAAAAGGUUGGAACAGUGGAAGAUUGGAACAGUGGAAGAUUGGAAUAGUAAAAGAUUGGAAUAGUGGAAGAUUGGAAUAGUGGAAGAUUGGAAUAGUGGAAGAUUGGAACAGUGGAAGAUUGGAAUGGUAAAAGAUUGGAACAGUGGAAGAUUGGAAUAGUAAAAUAUUGGAAUAGUGGAAGAUUGGAAUAAUAAAAGACUGGAACAGUGGGAGAUUGGAAUAGUAAAAGAUUGGAACAGUGGAAGAUUGGAAUAGUAAAAUAUUGGAAUAGUGGAAGAUUGGAAUAGUAGAGCAUUGGAAUAGUGGAACAGUGAAACAAAGGAACAGAGGAACACGAGAAUAGGGCAAGAGAAGAACAGAGGAACAUGAUAAGGUAUAGAAAGAACUCGGACGAAAUGAACAGAGGAUUAAAAGUAUACAAGGACAAUAGAAAACGAGGAACGGUUAAAGUGAGAGGAAAAAUAGGAACAAAUAUACAAAGGAACAGAGGAAUACACGGACAAAUGAACGGAUGGAAAGAGAAACGUAGGCACAUAAAGACAGAAGGAGGACCAGAGGAUAAACCCUCACCUCUUCAUAGUAUCAGUAACAGACGAGGUGGCUUAAUGCUCAUUGCACUGGACUCCGGGUCGAGGGGCCCUGGGUCGAGAGGUUCCGGGUCGAGAGGUCCCGGGUCGAGAGGUCCCGGAUCGAGAGGUCCCGGGUCGAGAGGUCCUGGUUCGAGACCUGGCAGGUCAACGUGUUGUGUUCUUGGGCAAAACACUCUCAUCUUACAGUACCUCUCUACCUUGAAUUCUCAGGGAAGCCUGAUGAAAUGCCGAGGGGAGGUGGGGGAUGGGGGAUGGGUAACCUUGUGAUGGACUAGCAUCUUAUCCAGGGGGGAGUAGCACUACUCCUUGUUACUUCAUGGAUGGGUGGGCGAAAAGGACCUUACCUCUCUUCAUAGUAGCAGUUCCUGACUUGGCCGUGGUUUUCACGUUGGCAGUUAUUGGUUUAGAAAACACUUCUGGGACGACUUUUUCAAUCAAAUUUCCUUUUAAAAACGUUUGGUUUAAUCUUGGCAAAAAUUUGCCAUUCAUGAUACAAAGAUCGAGAAAAACGUUAUUAGGUUAAUGAAUAUAUCUAUCAGCCAUACUCGGCAUUUUGUCUGUGUUUUUUUUUCUAAGAGUCUAAAACUAACGAAGUGAAUUGGCUAAUGUUAAAGUGUUUUACUCUUGUCUCUCUCUCCCUCUCUUUCGUUGUAGUUUUUUUUUGCAUGUUCUUUGUUCAGUUCCUCUGGUUUCACUUUGAUGAUGCAGGUCUUGUAGUGACUGGUUUUACGUCAAGAGCAUGCGGUUUUCUCAGCAUUUUGAAUGCAGUAGGAAUGACCCCAUUCGCAACUGUUGUGAUCAAUUCCAGAAGGCUUACCAAACCCCUUUAGCUUCGGCUUCUUGUCACAAAACACAGUGUAACACGGCGAGAUCUGACAGGCGCAGUUUCCUCGGUACAACCGCCGCACCCCCAAGACGCUAGCGCACAGUGAUUUGAGGCCAUUCCUGGUUCCAGUGGCACUGAUUGAGCUCUAGCUUUCUUUUCCUGACUUAGCCUGAGAUGAGGUACACUUUGUUGCUAUUCAGUUUGACCCCGCACAGGUUAUCAAAAGUAAAGGUGUAAGCUUUGGCAGAAAGGCUUCGCUUUCUGGAGCCGUAAACAUUGACGCUUUCCAUCUCAUGGAGUCGGUGUUCUCCUUUAUACGUUUUCAGGAUGCGGAGGUCGAAGAUACGAGUAAAAUUGUCGAGGUAUUCCUCCUGAAACAAAACCUUUGCUCAGAUAACUAGACAUGGGAAGGAAAAAUACAGAUAGUAACAAUGUUUUCUAGUACACCGUAACUAGGAAACUAUUUUUUUUUUAUUGUAGCGCCAUCUUUCAGUAUAUCAACCACACACAUCCCACAAUUCCUCCACUCGCUUGGAUGAAGGGCUUACGCUCGAAAUGUCAUCCUUAGAAUCCCAAUUCAACUUAUAAAAUCAAAUGAUCUUGUAAUAAGCCACGCAGACACAGCACCACAGUUUCUUUUUCUCUCUAGAAACAGUCAGUCUCCUUCGAGCUUUCGCCUUCGCGGCCACCCUUUGGAUUGUCACGCAAGGUUUCCUACAUAAGAAGCGUUUCUUCCCAAGAAAGCGUUGAGCAACAUCGUCAGGGAUGACUGAGAUUUAUUGAGUUCCAGGUUUAAAAUAAGACGUAUUCAAGCACCUGUUGAGCACUUGUACAUUAACUGGAACAAAAGAAACUGUUUACUUAUGAAAAGGGUUCAAAUCCCACAGACACCGACUUGGCCACCGUGAUGAGCGGAAGGGCGGGUGGGCAUUAGUCAAACGGCGCGCGCGGUUGUCCAAUAAACGCUGACCCCACCAUUUUAUUUUCGCACACUCGCUUUUCCGACUAAGAGUCUUACGCAGUGUACUUCAAACGAAAGAAAGUAACCACAGCUGCCAAUCAGAACAAGGUAAAAUGUUACGAAUAGCCAAUCAGAACUCACAGUCAAAACAAGAAAACUGCAGCAGCCCAAAGCGCGGGAAAACGUGAAUGACCAAUUGUAGUGUCGCGUUUGAUGUUUGAUGGGGAGACACCGAGUUUCCUUUUCGAAUAACGCCGGGAGCAUAGACAUUUAUUUUUUCCGAUUUAUUCCGGAAUACUUUCGACAUUCCAUUUUUAAAAACUUUGCUCCAAUGCUUAAAUCAACUUUUGUUGUCUGGGUGAAAUUUCUGUUGAUUGAUACCUUCAGGAAUUUUUAAGAGUACAUUAAUACGGAGGAAAUUAAGAGAACUGCUAAGGAUAACAUGUGACCUAACCUCAUUAAUUAAACAAAUGCUCUUUCCGGCCAAAAAUUGAAUUGGAUACCCAUCGUGAUAAUAAGCGAUAAAUUAACUUUGUUUGGAAAAGCCCUGCAAAUAUUUUUUUAAGUAAGUGUGAACAGGAAAGGAUUCGAUUUGGUUUCCAAACCUGAAGCUUAAAGAAGGUGGCUGUUGUGGCCAAUGACCUCAUUUAUUAAAAAUUCGCUCUGAGUCCUCGUUUGUACGAACGUUUUUAAGAAUCUUUGAAAGUUUCUUGUUGUUUCAAUGUGGUAAAUUCAUUUGAUUUUUUGUGUUUUGGGGAUGGAUACCUUCCUGUUAAAAUUCACCAGUUUGUACGUUGAAAGCGACUGCAGCUUGGGGUGAAAUUGGGUAUACCGUCGAAAAUAUGCAGAAGGCUUGUUUUGUCGCGAGCUUGGGGUUAACAGAAAUAUUAGUCCCCUUUUGAAGAUUGAAAUCCUAAAAAAAAGUUCCGAUUUCGCUGUUGGAUACAAUAUCAUUGAUUUAAAGGGCGUGCUUUAAUAAGCUCAAGAGAGGUCUUGGAAAAAGUUCAAAUAAGGCAGUCAUUCUGCCAAGUAAGAGCUUCAUCGAUGACGAGUGCUUUCGACUUGUAAAGACUUAUUGAUUAAAAUUUGCUCUAACACACUCCAGGUUAUUAUCUUCAUAACGUAAAAUGAAAAAUAACUUUAGAGGUUUCAUCAUUUCUUUUAAAAACUGAAGUUAUUGGAUUCUUUCAAGUGUGCAUGUAGCUGCAAGAAGUACAGAUGGUCAUAUACACUAGUUACAAAAUAAAACAGAUAUGGCGUGCGAAAUAAGUCUUUGAAAAUGUCGUUUUUACCCUUAAACACAGACAUGACGUAAACCCUUGUCGUGUUUUUUUUUUGUUGUACUUCGAAACUAAAGCAGUUUCGUAUGUUGAGGCACCUGGUUUUUAAGAAUCAGUUGGGUAAUUACAGGACUGCUCUUGGCUUUUUAAGUUUUGUGGUCGCGGUACAUAAAAGAAGUUUGAAAUCGUUUUACCAAGGAUUUUUGUUUCGAACUAGCAGUCUUACCAGUUCUCUAUGCAAAAAAAAAAACAAAACAAAACAAAACGUUUUUUAAAGUCGAGACAGGUUUACCAAAAGAUUCUCAAGAUUUCCAAUAAUAGUACUUUUUUUUUUCGUUACUUUGAAUUUGAUGAGUCAACCGUUCGAAGAAGUCGCCCCGAAAAUAACUCAUCUUUAAAUAGAGAUGGAUAAUGUAUGGAUAUUAUAAGGAGAUAAGUUUACAAUAUUUUGAAAGACUUAGGACUAAUUCAAUUAUUUAAAAUCAGAAAAACCUUUGAGCAUGAAUUUGCGAUGUAUCAUUCACGCGUCGAACCAACCUCUACAUUGCACAUAUAAAAUGGCAACUGUCAUCAAGUACUGAUGAAACAUGUUAAAAAUAAACCGAAAUUGGUCUCAUAGUUAACAAAUACUACGUUCGUUAAUUCUAGUUGGUUGUUCUUCUGAGAAAAUUCGCUUUUUUGUCAUGAAAACUGGAAGGGAAACAUGAUUGUCAAUUUGUCUUUCCCUUUUGUCGUCGAAACUGCUUGUAAACAAGUAUUCAUUGUGUUUUUAAAUCUUUGACUUUGAAAGCAUAUCUCCUCUCAUUUUUAUGGGUGAUCAGUGCUCGAAUUUCUCCCUAAAAUUAUAUAUAUAUGUCUAUUGUUAGAAAAUAAAAAAAUCAUCAACACCUAGUUUUUAGGAACAAUUAAAAGAGAAAAAUACUGUUUUAUGUUAGAAAUACAGCCUGCGGAUCAAAUGAUCUAAUUACAAAGGUAGUAAUCUUCGCGGAAGACUCGAAAUCAUUAACCCUUUAACUCCCAGAAGUGAUAAACAAGAUGUUCUCCUGAUAAUAACCAUACAUUAUCCAGCAAACAAAUGAUGAGAACACUAAGACUUAUUAGGUUGAAGUUGUUAAGAUGAUCUAGCACCAAAAUCUCAUAACUAAUUCACAAGCAGCUGGAAGAGAGAAGUAACAAUCAGAUCUUGGCAGAUAAAAGUUAGGGCAAAUUUUUAUGUUCUAUGUUUCGUUACACAUGCUCUCUAUUUAAAGAUGAGUUAUUAGUCUCGAGGUCGUUAUCGUUUUUCGCACAAAAAUUUUGAGUAGUCUAACUAGGGCCGGGGGUUAGCCAUGCAUUCCUUGUACUUUGGUGUUUCGUACCAGGAGCACGCGGUCCCUUUGGAGUUUUUCACACAAUAGGAGUGGUCCCACUCACAAGGGUUCCUGUAAGGAGACAGAUAGUUUGAAGCACAUCCUUUGAGCUUUCCGCAGUCUCUGCCGUGACACGGUGCAAGCUGACAAUCACAGUUUUGCCCAUAGAAGCGCCUGAUACCAACACGUAUAGCAUGGCGCUUGAGGACUUGGGACCAAUCUUGUACAAAAUUGCAUAAGCUCACCCAAAGUUUACCGUUGGCAAACCACCCGAAGAUGACGUACCUUUUGCCGUUCUGAAUCCCGAUAAGACCACACCUCGUGGCACUACUUUUGAAAGUGUAGACCUUGGCAAAAAGACUUCCCUGGUUGGACCCAUAAAACCGAACUCCCUCGGUUUUGUUUAGUGCUGUCGCUCCCUUGUAAGUCUUCAGGAUUCGCAUACCGAUUAUUUUUUGUGCCCCUCUACUUCUUGGGACAAAAUCUUCGCACGUAUCACUGAAAACGAAACAAGAAUUAGGUUCAUCGUAUUUUCUUUUUACCGAAUGAACACAAUUACUUCCAGUCAAAAUAGAAAUAAUGAGUAUUAGGAUAUUAGAAGUAUUUUAUAUAAAACAGUUUCAGUAAACUAUCUUUAAGCACAAUUCUAAACACGAAAAACAAAUUCAUCCAAAGAUAUGUUUAAUAAGUAAAGUCUUCAGCUGUAAUGAUUAGCGACUAACAUUCCGCUGUAUCAUAAGGGGGCUGGGUGAAACUGGGUCAGUAUAUGAGAAUGCAACAUGUUCAGGAGUCUUUCGAUCUGCCUUGGCAAACUAGUAAUAAGAAUUCGGAAACUUGGGAGAAAAAAAUCAAACCACGAAAUUCUUUCAACGAAAAUGUGCACCAGCCAAAAAGGAGAAUCGCUUAUGAGAUCUUGGUAGUGCAAAUGUCACUAUUGGUAUCAGUGUAUUGUUAGGAGCUUGAAUAGGUGAACAUGGCCAGGAACCAGGAUUGAUAAUGUAGUUCAGAAGAACGUGCCUUGCGGCAAAUGGAAAUUUAGGUCUCGCAAAAAAUUCCACCUCAACCUUCGCAAUGACCAACACAAAGAGUCUAAACUCUAAAACUAUUUCCGUUCUCAGUAGAGGCUAUCGCAGCUAAACUUGAAGUACCUUUACAGAAGUUGCCAGCACUGGAGGAAGCCUCACAAAACGCUAGAUUAGAAACGUUAUUUUGUCCCAAGAACAAACCAAUAGUUCAAAUUAUGCGGGUAAUAUCAGCGUUUAAAUCGAAGCGAAAAAUGGUGACUGCGUUAAACAGAGCCAAACGAGGAAUCGGAGCUAUUUCUAAGGUGGGAACAUUGCACGCACGUUUUUACAGCCAUAUCUGACCACACUAUCGGUGCUUUUGUAAAAACAUUAAAGUUCCCACUGCGCAGCACGCAAGCCACGUACCCGGUGAAGAUAAUGAUUGAUAAAGUGGAGAUCAAAGCAACCCGCAAAGCCAGCUAAAACAACUCCAAUAUUCGGCUCAUAUUUCAAUAGGAACUCGAGUGAUUUUUCCUUGUUUGGUUUUCUCCUUUCCUGCGGAGUAAUUCAAGUUCUUCACAAGAUUCUUUCUCUCGGUCUCCGAACCGAUCAAUUACAAUGAUGCUUGUACGGACUGCUGUGUGAGCGCUCUGAUCUGAGCUUCAAUUUACUCAAGGAUGCUACUAUUUCUAAAAUACGAGUACGUAUUCGUGAUAUUGUGAUAUCAACGGAAGGAUUAUGUACUUUGUUCAUAAGUGGAUAAAUAUUUGGAACAAUCUACAAGGCCCAAAAAGCAAACAGAAAGUACGUUAGAGGUUGUUUGUGCAAACAAAUGGGCUGUUUGUUUUAUCUUGAGAUGAAAGCACACAUCUUCGACAGGAAGUGUCGAUGAUACAUAGAAGAAAUGUUGAAACGCCAAUUAACAAUUGGUUCAUGUUUUAGCAUGCGCUAUCGAGUUAUGGAGCACGUGGGAAGUUUGGAGAGCACGUAAGAAGCGUGAGACUUGCCCGAGGCAAUAGCCGAGGGCAACUCUAGCUUCUUGAGCAACGGUUUUCAGUUUCAUCCAGUUGUUUUUAGUUUUAAUCGAGUCUUCCUAUUCCGAUGAAAAUUUCUAUGAGAAACUCUUAUGUCCCACGUAUAAACCUGAUUAUCUUGAAAAGUCAAUGGUCGAGUUUUGCUAAUUUAUAGCGUUUUUUCGCAGUAUAUAUACCGGUGAAGAAUGCAAAAGAAAUACAACUGUUUCAUGCCAACUCGAAAGUCGAAAAGUUGACCCACUAGAUGAACUCGGCGGAUGAUUAGAUUCUGCAUAAAACUCUGCCCAAAUAAAAUAUACUCUUCAAGGACGCCCUUAAAGCAGUUCUUUUACUACUAGGAAGUCAAUAUUUUGUUUGAGAAGUGCACCAUGUAUGCGCGAGCAAGAAAAAGCGAGGGCGCCGUGAGUUACAUUUUACCAUGGAAUUUCAAACACCUUUGUCUUACAGUCUAGUGAAUGAUUCGCAACUUACCAAAUCCCGCAUUACAGAAGGCUUCCUGGGGAUGUUGCGGCCUACAAGUACAGGCCUGGCUUAAAGCCACGAGACCGAGGAACAAAGCAGCGUGAACGAUAAAGGACAUUCUCUCCUUGUGUCGUUUUUGUACACUUCAACUCUCUACUUUGCCUUGCUUGUUGAGGAUUAAAAAGAGUGAUUCGUGUAUCUGAUAGCUGGCUCAGUUUCUGCUUAUAUACUGACAUCAUCAGCGCAUGUCAAAGGUGAUAUCCCGCAGAGCCAGGUGCAGCGGACGAAAGCUCCGUGCCAUGCGUCACUGAAACGUGUAAGCAAGCAGAAAUAUGUGCUACGAAACCAUAUUUCCUCUGAAAGUGUGAACUCGGAGGAUUCUCGAUCACGCGGUUUUCGGGGGGAGGGGCGGCGGCGGCGGGAGGAGGUAAGUCGUCGCCAACAGAAUACAAAGAGGGUGUUAUAGAAAUUGACUGAAAAUCUUCCGAGGCCCCCCCCCCCUACACAGGUGAUAAAUAAUGACCUGUCUACCGGUCCCUUAGUAAGACUUUUCUUUUGGCCUUCGGUAAGAACGGUAAGAAGUCUGGAGGAAGAGUUGGAAGAGAGUUUCACCGAAGUAAAGAAGAGAAGAAAAUUGUUAUGAAGGGACAGUGAGCAUACAGUUUGACUGUUUGGAUCAGAGCGACAGAAGAAUAUUAGGAACAGUGAUAAAAAUGGUAAGAAGUCUAGUGGGAAAGGGAAAUAGUUGGAGCAGAGUUACACGGAAGUUAAAGAGAAGAGGAACAUUUUUUAGACCAGAGGAGUAUGGAAGUAGAAGUAGAACAAAUUCAGUAGGAACAGUGGAAGAUUGGAAUAGUAAAAUAUUGGAAUAGUGGAAGAUUGGAACAGUGGAAGAUUGGAAUAGUAAAAUAUUGGAAUAGUGGAAGAUUGGAAUAGUAAAAUAUUGGAAUAGUGGAAGAUUGGAAUAGUAAAAGAUUGGAAUAGUGGAAGAUUGGAAUAGUGGAAGAUUGGAAUAGUGGAAGAUUGGAAUGGUGGAAGAUUGGAAUAGUGGAAGAUUGGAAUAGUAGAACAUUGGAAUAGUGGAAGAUUGGAACAGUGGAAGAUUGGAACAGUGGAAGAUUGGAACAGUGGAAGAUUGGAAUAGUAAAAUAUUGGAAUAGUGGAAGAUUGGAAUAGUAAAAUAUUGGAAUAGUGGAAGAUUGGAAUAGUAAAAGAUUGGAAUAGUGGAAGAUUGGAAUAGUGGAAGAUUGGAAUGGUGGAAGAUUGGAAUGGUGGAAGAUUGGAAUGGUGGAAGAUUGGAAUAGUGGAAGAUUGGAAUAGUAGAACACUGGAAUAGUGGAAGAUUGGAAUAGUAGAACACUGGAAUAGUGGAAUAGUAGAACACUGGAAUAGUGGAACAGUGAAACAAAGGAACAGAGGAACAUGAGAAUAGGGCAAGAGAAGAACAGAGGAAUAUGAUAAGGUAUAAAAAGAGCUCGGACGAAAUGAGCAGAGGAUUAAAAGUAUACAAGGACAAUAGAAAACGAGGAACGGUUAAACUGAGAGGAAAAAUAGGAACAAAUAUACAAAGGAACAGAGGAAUACACGGACAAAAGAACGGAUGGAAAGAGAAACGUAGAAACAUAAAGACAGAAGGAGGACCAGAGGAUAAACCCUAACCUCUUCAUAGUAUCAGUAAGAGACGAAGUGGCUUAAUGUUCAGUGCACUGGACUCCGGGUCGAGAGGUACUGGGUCGAGAGGUUCCGGGCCGAAAGGUCCCGGGUCGAGAGGUCCCGGAUCGGGAGGUCCUGGGUCGAGAGGUCCCGGGUCGAGAGGUCCCGGGUCAAGAUGUCCCGGGUCGAGAGGUCCUGGUUCGAGACCUGGCAGGUCAACGUGUAGGCUCCAGUAAAGACCUUACCUAGACCUCUCUUCAUAGUAUCAGUUCCUGCCUUGGCCGUGGUUUUCACGGUAGCAGUUAUUGGUUUGGAAAACACUUUUGGGAGGUUUUUUUCAAUCAGAUUUCCUUUAAAAAUGCUUGGUUUAAUCUUGGCAAAAAUUUGCCAUUCAUAAUGCAAAGAUCGAGAAAAACGUCAUGAGGUUAAUGAAAAUAUCUAUCAGACAUACUCGGCAUUUUGUGCGUUAUUUUUUUUCUAAAAGUCUAAAACUAACGUUGUAGUUUUUUUGCAAAUAGUAUGUUCUUUGUUCAGUUCCUAUGGUUUCACUUUGGUGAUGCAGGUCUUGUAGUGACUGGUUUUACGCCAAGAGCAUGCGGUUUUUUCAGCAUUUUGAAUGCAGUAGGAAUGACCCCAUUCGCAGCUGUUGUGAUCGAUUCCAGAAGGCUUACCACACCCCUUUAGUUUCGGCUUCUUGUCACAAAACACAGUGUAACACGGCGAGAUCUGACAAGCGCAGUUCCCUCGGUAAAACCGCCGUACCCCAAGACGCUGGCGCACAGUGAUUUGAGGCCAUUCCUGGUUCCAGUGGCACUGAUUGAGCUCUAGCUUUCUUUUCCUGACUUGGCCUGAGAUGAGGUACACUUUGUUGUUAUUCAGUUUGACCCCGCACAGGCUAUCAAGAGUAAAGGUGUAAGCUUUGGCAAAAAGGCUUCGCUGUCUGGAGCCGUAAACAUUGACGCUUUCCAUCUCAUGGAGUCGGUGUUCUCCUUUGUAUGUUUUCAGGAUGCGGAGGUCGAAGAUACGAGUAAAAUUGUCGAGGUAUUCCUCUUGAAACAAAACCUUUGCUCGGAUAACUAGACAUGGGAAGGAAAAAUACAGAUAGUAACAAUGUUUUCUAGUACACCGUAACUAGGACACUAUUUUUUUUAUUGUAGCGCCAUCUUUCUGUAUAUCAACCACACACAGCCCACAAUUCCUCCACUCGCUUGGAUGAAGGGCUUACGCUCGUAAUGUUAUCCUUAGAAUCCCAAUACAAGUGAUAAAAUCAAAUGAUCUUGUAAUAACCCCCGCAGACACAGCACCACAGUUUCUUUUUCUCUCUAGAAACAGUCAGUCUCCUUCGCGCUUUCGCCUUCGCAGCCACUCUUUGGAUUGUCAGGCAAGGUUUACUACAUAAGAAGCGUAGGGCGGGCGGGCAUUAGACAAACGGCACGCGCGGUUGUCCCACAAACGCUGACCCCACCAUUUUAUUUUCGCACACUCGCUUUUUCGAUCAAGAGUCUUACACAGUGUACUUCAAACGAAAGAAAGUAACUACAGCUGCCAAUCAGAACAAGGUAAAAAUGUUACGAAGAGCCGAUUAGAACUCACAGUUAAAACAAGCAAACUGCAGCAGCCCAAAGCGCGGGAAAACGCGAGUGACCAAAUCGCAGUGUUGUAGUGUCGCGUUUGAUGUUUGAUGGGGAGGCACCGAGUUUCCUUUUCGAAUAACGGAGCAUAGACAUUUAUUUUUUCCGAUUUAUUCCGGAAUACUUUCGACAUUCCAAUAUUAAAAACUUUGCUCCAAUGCUCUUAAAUCAACUUUUGUUGUCUGGGUGAAAUUUCUGUUGAUUUAUACCUUCAGGAAUUUUUAAGAGUACAUUAAUACGGAGGAAAUUAAGAGAAUUGCUAAGGAAAACAUGUGACCUAACCUCACUAAUUAAACAAAUGCUCUUUCCGGCCAAAAAUAAUGUGAUAGUAAGCGAUAAAUUAACUUUGUUUGGAAAAGCCCUGCAAAUAUUUUCUCAAGUAAGUGUGAACAGGAAAGGAUUUGAUUUGGUUUCCAAACCUGAAGCUUAAAGAAGGUGGCUGUUGUGGCCAAUGACCUCAUUUAUUUAAAAUUCGCCCUCAUUCCCCGUUUGUACUAGAGUUUUUACGAAUCUUUGACAGUUUUUUUGUUGUUUCAAUGUGAUUAUUCAUUUGAUUUUUAGUGUUUUGGUAAUACCUUCCUGUUAAAAUUCACCAGUUUGCACGUUGAAAGCGAAUGCAGCUUGAGGUGAAAUUGGGUAUUCCGUCGAAAAUAUGCAGAAGGCUUGUUUUGUGGCGAGCUUGGGGUUAACAAAAAAUAUUAGUCCCUUUUGAAGAUUGAAAUCCUAGAAAAAGUUCCGAUUUCGCUGUCGGAUACAAUAUCAUUGAUUUAAAGGGCGUGCUUUAAUAAGCUCAAGAGAAGUCUUGGAAAAAGUUCAAAUAAGGCAGUCAUUCUGCCAAGUAAGAGCUUCAUCGAUGACGAGUGCUUUCGACUUGUAAAGACUUAUUGAUUAAAAUUUGCUCUAACACACUCCAGGUUAUUAUCUUCAUAACGUAAAAUGAAAAAUAACUUUAGAGGUUUUCAUCAUUUCUUUUAAAAACUGAAGUUAUUGGAUUCUUUCAAGUGUGCAUGUAGCUGCAAGGAGUACAGAUGGUCAUAUACACUAGUUACAAAAUAAAACAGAUAUGGCGUGCGAAAUAAGUCUUUGAAAAUGUCGUUUUUACCCUUAAACCCAGACAUGACGUAAAUCAUUGUCGGGUUUUUUUUUUUUGUUGUACUUCGAAACUAAAGCAGUUUCGUAUGUUGAGGCACCUGGUUUUUAAGAAUCAGUUGGGUAAUUACAGGACUGCUCUUGGCUUUUUAAGUUUUGUGGUCGCGGUACAUAAGAGAAGUUUGAAAUCGUUUUACCAAGGAUUUUUGUUUCGAACUAGUAGUCUUACCAGUUCUCUAUGCAAAAACAAAACAAAACAAAACAAAACGUUUUUUAAAGUCGAAACAGGUUUACCAAAAGAUUCUCAAGAUUUCCAAUAAUAGUAUAUUUUUUUUUCGUUACUUUGAAUUUGAUGAGUCAAUCGUUCGAAGAAGUCGCCCCGAAAAUAGGUUGACUUUAGCUGUCUCGACUCCCGUCAGGAAGAAAGGCUUGGGAGUCGGCGCAAAAAAAGGGCUCCGCAGCACUGCAGUUUUAACAAAACUCGACUAUUGACUUUUCAAGAUAAUCAAGUUUAUACGUGGGACAUAAGAGUUUCUCAUAGAAAUUUUCAUCGGAAUAGGAAAACUCGACGAAAACUAAAAACAACUGGACAAAACUGAAAACCGUUACCAAGAUAAAUUCAAAAAGAGGAGAAAUAGUUAACCCAGGAGGAAGAAAAGCAAGUCAAUAAAACCGAAUGAAAACCAAGGUAGAGACCACGAAGAGUCCAGAAAACCAUAGAACAAUCAAGAUGAUCAAAACCUUAAAUCCUAUUAGUCUCAACUAGUUAGGAGGAACAAUCAUCACUCUUGUAAAAUGUCCGAGUUCUCAAAACAUUUCAAGAGUAAGGGCUUUACUUACCAAAAUGCGCACUACAAAAAACCUCUUGUGGAUGUCUCUCGGGGCAAGAACAUGGUAACGCAUCAACUGUGUUCACUGCACCAAGUAGCAAAACGAUAUAAAAGAGAUGAGACAUCAUGACGUCUCUUUCUAAUUUCUCAAUCGAGGAACGCAAACUCCUGCUGACACUCCGAGGCCUCAAUGACCAAUUACUGCGUCUGAAAAUUGUCUUGCCACUUAUAUAGCAAGUUGAACCAGCAUGAAGCCAUAAUUUUUUUGGCUGAAAUUGGAGCAUGUUGUACUUGGCGCCACGCCGCAAAGCCGUGUGCCGCGUCGAUGACUGGGAGAAAAAACGCCCAUUAGUCCAUUUAUUUCAAUUUUAAUGUAAGAAAGAAUAAAAUGAGUGCGAAUUUUUGUCAAUACCAUUAAAGGAGAAAAUAGCCUUAGUACGACAUGUGAAUUCAAUUGUGCUGAUUUCAAUGCUUCUUUGCUGACGACAGUCACCCAAAUGUCAACAAACUCUUGACCAGAUCUCGGUAAAGUAGCAAUAAAAAUAGCAAUUCCAAUACUAUUUCAAAAUAGAUGGUUUUAAGACGAUUUUCCGGCUUUUCAAUCCUUGAUAUAUAUUCUUUUGAAAACUGAUCCUUCAAUAAAGGGAUUUAUAGCUUAAAAUUAGAAUAUCUGCCAUAUUGCGUGAGAAAUCCGAUAACGAGGAUCAAUUCUUGUCGACACUACCAAUGAACGGUCUCAAAUUCUGAUUUUUGAUAACGGAACGAAUUUAUGAUCGAUUAAAAUGAAAAUUUUCAUGCCUUUUGCUAGACCAUCGACCGUGCAUCAUGAUGUAGGAAGAACUCAUUAAAAUCUUAUCUUCCAAAUGUGAGACCGCAAUAUUGAACCAUGAACUAUUAAAAGUCUAGACGGAUAUAACUCUAAACAAACAGCGUAAUUUACUCCAGACUGCAAUGAAAACAAAACCGGGUGCAUAACUGUUCGAAACUGUUUUGGGUUUCUAGAAAACUUGAUCAUAAUGUUGAUGGAAAUGCUGGAAAAUUCUCGGGGCGGCCUUUGAGUAAUACGAGCGUAAUCGUAGAUGAACCAAGGUCAAAUUUUUUUUAGGCAUCUGGGGAGAAUUCUGGAAGAGUUUACCAGCUUACCACACACAGUAGAGAAAAAUCAACUCCUGUCCCCGUUUUUUUUUUAAAUGAAAUCCGCACUUUCUGCGUAGAAUUUUGAGUUUAUUCAGUUGUCAGGCAUUUCGUGUGUUGAGCGAGAAAGCUACUGGUGUGUUUACUAUUAAUAUCAGCAUUUUCAUUUAUUAUUUGCUCACAGCUAACAUCAGCAAAGCUGCAUAUGAUUAACAUUCUUUGUAGGUGGAAAAAAAGUCAUAUUGAUUCAAGACGGCCAUAUGUUAGAUAACAUUUAUACUUUUUCAACGAGAAACCUUUGAUGGUUCCUCAAUUACCUACAUUAUUGUUCUUUUUUUAAUCUUUAAUUUGUCUGUUUGCUGUCAGUUUUCAAGGUAAAACUUUGUCUCUGCAGUUUCUAUACUCAGCGGUUUCUUGCCAUGAGCAUGCGGUUGCCUCCCUGUUUUUCUUACAGUAAGAGUAACGCCAUUCGCAGCCCUGGUAGAAUUGUUGCAUUGUGUGAUAAUCGUGGGAGACCUGGCAUCCUUUCAAGGGCUGAACGCAGUCAGUUGCUCCAAAGCAAGCCGGUGUAAUAUGGCACUCGCAGUUUCGACCGUAAAAUCUCUCAAUUCCCUCACGCUGUUCGCUAGUAACUUCUUUCCACGGUUGAAUCCAGCUACGCUGAUUCAGCAGAAUCUCCCCUUUCUUGAUACUUCCAGCGAGGAAAUACUCAGUGCUGCUUCGAAGCUCAACGUGAACACUGUAGGCUUUUACGAAAGAACCAUUAUCUGCAGUGAUGUUGAUGGUGAUUUCCGGGAAUUUCUCCUGUCCUUUGUAAAUAUGAUAAAUUUUAAGAUCGUGUUCGAAUAUACUUUGUUUGUGGUUCUCUUCUCUUGACUGGUUCUUCGGCAAGACCUCGGCUCGAACCGCUGCAAAGCAAAGAAUGUCUUUCAGUUCUCAUUGACACUUCACAUUGUUCUCAUAGAAACUUUGUGCGUUUUCCUUCGUUUGUCUACUGCAGAACUCUCUGAUCGCACCUAACGGAAACUUCCUCGGGGAUUACCCGAGAGAACUUCCCAGGGUGCAAGUGGCCUGGGUGAUAAGUAUGUCUAACAAACAUAUCGCGUUUGGUGUAAUUCUGAAACACCGACUCUGCAAGGUUCCACGAAUCAUUCAAAGGAAGCAGGUUCGUUUUAUUGAGGAAAUUUUAAAUCCUAAGCAGAUAUCUUAACCCUCUACAACAAAAACAACAACAUUUAUUACUUAUAGUGCGUCUUUUCUAUAUAAAUUAUCAAAAGUGCGUUACAACAAUUAUAAUACAAAUAAUAAUAACUUAAUAAAACUAUAUAUAUAUGAAUGUGGGGGUAGAGUCUAACUAGGCAUAAAGUGCUCAAUGCUGUGGUAGCAGAGCUAAGUAUACAUAAGUUAAAGAAUUAAAGAUCGAUGCGUCCUCUUUAAUUCUUUAACUUAUGUGUAUAUAUAUAUAUAUAUAUAUAUAUAUAUAUAUAUAUAUAUAUAUAUAUAUAUAUAUGUAUGUAUGCAUGCAUGUAUAUGCAUGUUUUCUAAAAAAGGUACCAAAAAUGCCUUGGAAAACGAAUAAGUCUCAAGUAAACGUUUAAAAGAAUCAACGCUUUUAGUCUGCCUUAUUGGCAAGGGAUGGCCGUUCCAUAGGACCGGGGCCACCACUGUAAAUGAUUGGUCCCCCAUAGUCUUUUCCGUUAUGAAUCGUGGAGAUUCAAGCAAUGUGCCAUUAUUAUUGCGACGGAAUUGAUAAUGUGAAACAGGCAAGAUAGAAAUUAAAUUCUUACGAUAGUUUGGAACUAAGCUUUGAAGUAUUUUAGAUGUGAUAAGAAGAAUCUUAAAAUAUAUGCGCAACUUUACUGAUAAACAGUGAAGUUUCCGAACAUCCUUUACAUCCUAACAAUAGCAUGCAUAUCCUCAAUACUGUUCUCUAUACAUUUCCUAAGGUGCUGACAGGGAAAAUUUGAGUAACAAUCAAGAGCCUGUUUAGUUGGUGAUCAUUUCCUGUGUUCUUGUUUCCUUACUGUGUGAUUCAGGGGUGAUAUUUAAUCAAGUUUCUGAUUUACAAGUAAAAUGACAAAUUUGAGGUAGGCUUAAAACAGAAUACAAGACUCCUUAAAAAUAGGCCACUUAUUAUUACAUCUACAGAAUUAAUUAAGUAAUAAAAUUAUCUAAAAAGUCGUUAGUGUAACAUGUCAGUUGUAAAAGACAUGCGACAUGAAGGCUAAUCAAUAAAAUUAUUAUAAGUGGACUAAUGAUUUAGUAAAGUACAGUGUAAAAUUUAAAAAAAUCUACGUUAAAUUUAUCAUGAUAAAAGGCCAUCAAAUUCUUACGAACGAUCGACAAGGUAUUUGACUCCCUUAAACUAAGGGGUAGUUUAUUCCACAGGCGAGAGAUUCGAACAAAAAAAAAGAAUUCUUAAAGACGUCAGUCCUGCUGAAAGGGACAUCAAGCGUUAAAUGAUCAACGUUUCUCAACGGUUUGAUACAAGAGCAAAAUAUUGAAAGGAGAAACUAGAUGUUAGUCACUCUUAGGAGUUAAAGGGUUAAAAGAAAAAUGCUAACUGUACAGUUGUGAUUAAGAUAUGCUGCUAAAUGUAUGCUUACUCCACAUUUGCGCUCAACGUCUGGCUCAUAGCUUUUGUUCUGGGUUUAGUUUUGACGUCAUUUUGGGCGAACCUUCUAUUGUACUGUGAAGUUCCUUCCCCCCCAUGCACAAGUCACGAAAGAUUACAGAAAUUAACGUCGUAAAAAAUUGUUUCCGGCCUCCAACGAGUACAAAUAUUUUUACUUCCAUCAAUUGUAAAUAAUAAUUUCCAAAUGCAUAUCUUAAAUAUUGUUUCUUAACAAAAUACGCAACGUUUAAGGGCGAUACUUCCGAGAAAAUGUACGCUCCGCUUAACACUUUUUUCAAAAAUCACGUAUUCGUCGUGUAUCCGCUUUAGAUUACAUGAGAGAUCAUGCACAAUCAUUGUGUGAACUAAAUUGACCCUUCUGACGAACUCCCAUUGCUCGGGCAAACUAGGAUUCAUCAAGAAAGAAAUUUAAAAGAAUUGUGCAUCUUUUCAAAGUCAUCAUUUACAAUCCUUGUAAUCUUUGGCAUCCUUAACAGAUUUGGUCUUAUCUGUUUUGUAUUUUUAUAGCCUAAAACAGUGUUAUAUCAAAGCUUCAUUUUGUUUAUAGGCAAAUUUCCCUGUUGUAAAAAUAAAGUUGGCCUUGAAAGAUCGCAACGUUACUUCGUUUAGACGGAGAAUCCUUUCUGCGUUGUUUCGCUAUCAAAUCAUUUACAGAUACUUGUUUAUUUCAACAAUUCUUUUUCUCUGUGUGUAUAUAAAUGUAACUCGGGAACGUGCGGUUUGGAGUUCGUCUGUGGUAGAUAGCCAUACUAUUACCAUUUCGAGACUUUGAGCACGGUGCCCAACGGAUUCACUUGAAAAUUCUGAAAGGUGUUUGAUGAGUUCCUCGGCCCAAACAAAAGGCCUCGUCAUACGAGCCACGAACUAUUUUUUUACAUGUAUUCGACAACUUUUUUUUCUAUGAAACAUCUUGACUUACCAAAAUCAGCUGAGCAAAACUGUUCUUGUGGAUGUCUCAGAAAGACUGCAGUGUCUUCUCUUUCAAUGGGGCCUGCUGUGCAAAGUAAAGCGGCGCACGAGAAUAAAAUGACGCGAUGAAUAGUCGAGUGCAUACUGAUCUGGUGUGGAAAACUGGACCUUAGAAUUGCUUCGAGGAGCUGAGAGGUACUGCUUUAUAUAGUCGUAGGAACAUCGUGAAAUCACGUCUGCAUGUGACGUAAUGCGAUCAAAUUACUUAAACUGUCAAACUGGAUGAUUAGUGCUGCUCAUGUUCUAAAAAAAUCGGUGAAGUUGCACGUUCGAAUUCCGUAAAGAUACUGGGUGACUGAAAAGACGUGUUUUUUUUUUCACGUAUUUCCUGUCCCGGUAGGUGUUGACACACAGUUAGGCGGCCGCCAUGCAAACAUUUACACAGUGUCAGCUCUGCACGUACGUUGUUAAGCAACCUUGAGGACAACCUUGAGUGACCCAAUUCUGCUUAUUUUGGUGAAGGUGAACUACAAUCUCAAAGUUUUUAAGAAACUUGAAUUUAUCUCUGAGAUUGGCGCUUUUUGCAACCCUCGUUAAUUGUCUUGACUAUUGACCAUGUUUGGUGAUUGAUGCUGCAUGUCUAUCAUUUAAACUAUGAUUUCAAAGUUUUCUUGUAUUUUUAAUAGCACUCUUUACCUUUUAUUUACUGGACAAGUCUUACCGUAAAUCCUUGAAUUAGCGCUAAGGGUGCUUAUUUCGAAUUUGAGUUCAGAAGGGGGGGGGGGAAGAAGGGAAGGGGUGAGGGGUAGGGAGGAAACGGUAAUUUAAAUUCUCGCAAAUCGAAGCCCGAUGCUAUUUUUUUUCGUGAUAAAACGAAACUCUUGAAACUCCCCAGAAACUCUUUAUGGUGGCAAUUUACAUCAUCUUGAAUUAUCUGGUUAUACUUACUUAAUUAUACAGCGGCACAGUUGGGACUCUUGCUUAUUUUCCAAAACCGGCGUGUUUGCAAACUGAAAGAAGUAUUGUAUACAUUUGCAUUUCCAAUAUUGCAAUUACACGCUCAACUAGACUGGCGAACGUGAUCAUUUGUUUAUAAAAAGAGAAAGGAGGAUGAGUGGCGUUCAUUCGAAGAGAGGACGCAUAUUUUUGGGCUACGGGAGGGGCGCUUAUUCAUGGAUUUACGGUAGCUUUCCAUGAGUCCCCCUCCAUCCAGGAAUACAACUAAGAACUAGUUCAGUGUCUGGAAAACUUCACGAGGGUGUUUCAUGAGGAAGACAAUAGCACCACAUUCAGAAAUAGCCGCAAUACUUCUAGGCAAUAGAUUGACCCCUAAUGCAAUAACAUCAGUAUGUAUAUUCUCCAUACUGUUCUCUAUACAUUUCUUAACGUGCUGACGAGGAGAAUUUGUUUAAAAAAACAAGGGCUUAUUUAGUUUGCAUUAUUUCCAUUUUUCUCGUGAUCUCAAUGUGUGAUUUAGGGGGAAAUAUUGUUUGGAAAAAUACGAUGCUUGUCACUCUUGAAGGUUAAAGGGUUAAGAACAAUGGAACAUUUUGAUCUCGGUAGUGGAAUGAAGAAAGAUGUUAUUUGUCUCGUAACGAGCGUAUGACAAAGGAAAAAUCCGAGUGCUCACGAGAAAUCGGACCCCAGACCCUCGGAUUCCACCCUCCAUGCCACAUGAGCAUCAUGAAACCCCAAAGGUUUGGGGUUCCAUCUUUCCUGGGAACUCAAUUUUUUUCUUUUUCCCACGCUCCUUGUAAGACAAAUCACUUCCUUGAACGCUCCUAGUCGUUCCAUGUUAAGCUCCGAAAGUGUGGGUCAGUACUUCUAAGCUUGUAAGAUGAAAUAUUUCAUCACAAGAAACUAAAAAUGUUUUUAUAUCUCCCAAUUCCUCAAUUUUCGACUUUUUGUCCAUCUGUAUCGCUAGAGAUGGCUCCAAAUGACCGUCUCUAGUCGUAUCUUCAAAGUUGGUGUCAAGUUUUGAGAUUCCAUUGGAAAGGUAACACGAUUUUUGGGCCAACAGUGAUCUUGAAUUGCCCUCCGGCUUACUUAAUUUGUUUACUUUAUUUUAUAAAAGGAAACUCUAAAAGACACAACAAAUAGUUUGGUAUUGGGUGUCAUCAGAAGCAUGUAAAUGGUGUCAUCCAACUGUGUUUAGUCUAGAAUAGAGUGUCUGCCGCAUAAUUUAAUUGUAAACUAGUCUUGUUAACCCAAACGAUUGGUAGUAAAUAAAAGUUUAAAUUGAAUUAUGACUCGGUUUUGCUAAACAGCGGAUAAAUUUUGGGUAAACACUAAGCCCUCUGACUUUGGCACAGCUUUUCUCUUUGUCGAAAAGCUCAAGAAGCUGAUUUGGUGUGAAUCAGAGGUUUGGAAAAACGCUAAACUAUCGGAAUGAGUACGAUUUCUUCCAAGGCUCAACAGAUGGGGCACACCAUCAGUGAACAUUAGCAUUGCUAUUUCAAGAAAUUUUUAGGGCUUGAAGCUUUUUGGGUUUAGGCACUGAAAUACUUUAAGCUUAUGUUUUUUUUAUUAUUAGUGUGGUGUUGUUGAUAGGAUUAUGAAGAAAUCCAAACUUCUUACGUACACGUUUUUGUCUGCUGGUCAGAAUUCCCGACAUGUGGGAGUCAAAGUUUGUCAACAUCUGACUUUAAAAACACGACUAUUCCCAUCCUCUGUCUUUCAACUGAAGAUUUUCUGAAUUCCGCAGGCAUUUGAAAAUAACCUAUAAACUUGCCUGUCCUCGUCUUCUCGCCAAAUUCCUCUCUCGAGGAAAUUUAAAUUCACUUUCAAACGCUUCAUUUCUAGAUAAAAAUCGAUAUCCCUACGCUCAUAUCGUUCCUCAAUGUGUUUUAUACUCGCCGAAUUUAUUUUAUAUAUUCAGACUAUGCAAUACAGUUGGACUUUACUAAAUCUUUUUUAUUGACUAAUUUACAUGACAAAAAGCGUUUAUUCGUCUUUUAAACGACGUACAGUAAGCGUUCGUAAAUGAACUCAUUCUUAACAUGUAUUCGGUAAACAAAGAAUAAAAUGCAAUUUUCAAUUGAGCGCCGAAGGCAGUGUGGGAUUGCAAUUGGUUUUGCUUUCUUCGCUUUGUGAUUGGUCCAGAAAACUUAGCUUUGAUUUCUCAUUGGCUCCCAUAAAAAUUUCCUUUGAUCUGAUUGGUCAUUGUAGCUACUUGUUUUUUCUUUUUCUUUGUGUUCACGACACUCAAUUGAAAUACGCAAUUAUCUGAAUGCAUGCCUCUAGUUGUGCUUGUACGCGCUAAACCCAAUUUUCCUGGAUCGCGUCGAUGAAAAAGAUGUUUUGUCAAACACUGGUCUAAUUACCCAACGAGUAGGAGAUGCGACGGAUCGAGUUUUGGACAACGAUGACCAACUGGAAGCAAAGUACUAUUUUUUAGCAGUUUCUGAACUUUCUUUGUGCUGAAGAGAUAUGUUAACGUAAAUUAACAGCGAAAUCACCUUCUUCUUGGCAUAUACGUUUCAUACGCGAAUACAAAGCGUAAGUGAACCAUUUAAAAAUACACAAUUUUAUGUACAGACAAAGUGCUACUUGCAAUGCUCGACUGCUGUUCUAUCGCGACGCAUGGCAGGGAUGUGGAAGUCAACUGAACGCUUAACAGUAAAUUAUGUUAACUGAAACCAUUGCUCUUAUUGAAGACACUGAAGCAAUAUGAUUAGUUUGAGUUUCCUUUUCCAGUUGACGAACAUUUGUCCUCAGGUUGCAAUGCAUCAUGGUAUUUUCUUUAGGCAUCUUUUAUACUCAUCCGAUACCCGCCAGGCGCAUGCGUCACCGCUCCAGUCCCUCAUGCAGUAGGAGUGUUUACUUUUACAAUGUUCUUUCAUUGGUGCCUUCCAUUCGACUUUUUCACAGCCACUGAGCAUUUUAUCGCAGUUGCUACCGAAACACAUCCCCACUUGACACAUGCAGUUCUCUCCAUAAAAACGUCUGAUUCCAGCUCUUUGUUUGCGCGUUAUUAGCGACCACUCCGUCCUCCAUUUGCAACCUCCAGUCCGCAGCCUAUUGUGGAGUAUCUGCCCCGUCAGAAGGUACACGGUGCGGUUGCGCAAUGGCACGUGGCACGACGACGCGCGUGCCGGCGUGUACAGCUUUGCACGCAGAGUUCGACGCCGUGAGCCGUACACUUCCACACCCUCUGUUUUAUUGAUUUCUCGAGCUCCUUUGUAUAUCUUGAGUAUCCUCAAAGUGUACACUUGUUCUUGGAUGAAUUCUGCUGGGAUGUUCUCCUCAAUGGCUGUCUCUGGUGGUUCUGUCUGAAGAGGUUGCUCUGUGGACUCGGAAAGGACUUUGGCUCGAAUAACUGUCGAAACAAAACAAAAAUAGCAACUCAGUGUAUUUCAGCCACGGCACAGCCACAAAAUGGCUCCUUAUCUCCUGCCUCCAGGCCCAACUGUAUUUUUCAUGCAGGUUUUGGUUGGAUACGGAAAAGCGGAAAACCUAGAGGAAAGCCCUCGGGGGCAAGGUCGAGAACCCAUCACCUUGACCCGCAAGUGAUGGAACGUUGAAGCUGAAGACCUUUGAUUGCCCGCAAUGUGUUGUGCACCCUUAAAAAUUUUUGCGCAGUUGAAUGUCCAUAUGGAAACGACAGCUAGUCAUAAAUGAUCACAUGCAGUGGUUGCUUGCUUCAUGGUCGGUUCAAACUUUCAUUGUUUUACAUAUUACAUAUCUAAUCUAUAUCUUUAUAACUGCCUUACUCUACAUUAUAACUUUCUCCACAUGAUAGUGCUACCCACUAACUUUGAUUCAAAUGGUCACACUCUGGGUUUCACCCACAAAAUGAAAAGUGAGAACACUUUGUGCAACGUAAUAAACAGUUUUACUUGAAAGAAGAGCUCAGUAUUUACACUAGGUUCCAAACACAAACUAAAAAAGUUAAAAUCCCUUUUAAUCGCACGAAAAACAAUGAGAGCACUGUUUAGUUGCUUUUACUUAAACUCCAGAGUUCUACAGUUUACAGACGCUAUAAGCUAGUGCUACUUCAGUUGAAUAGCACAACACAGUCACAUCACCAAAAACAAUGAGAACACAGUUUACAGACGCUGUAAGCUAGAGCUACUUCAGUUGAACAGCACAACACACAGUCACAGAACCAAAAACAAUGAGAGUACUGUUUAGUUGCUUUCACCUAAACACCAGGGUUCCACAGUUUACAGACGCCAUAAGCUAGAGCUACUGCAGUUGAACAGCACAACACACAGUCAUAUCGAAUCACUGCUCAGAAGCUUCCAAGUGAAUGUUGCAGAAGGUUAGAACUACCAUGCAGAACAUAACAAACAGCACCAUUUGGAAAUGCACCUCCUGAGCAGCUUUUGAUAUCAAAUCCUAAACCACAGAGUUCAAACCGCUUUGUGCAUGUUAACAGUCUAGAAUGCUGAAGGAUUUGAAGAUGGUCAUACACCUAAAUGUAAACCCCCGAAUGGACUCUUUUCGUGAACAACGCAUGCUUAAGCACAUCAUCGUCACAUGCGCAUAACUCUUUCUGAAAGGUCAAUCUAUUGAAUAAAACGUCGUGAGACAAACUAAAAUGAACCUCUAAAAAAAGUCCGAGAAUCUGCCGACUCUGAGCAUUUUGUCAAAGAUUGUUAGACAUUACACUUAAGCCAGAAUUUAAGACUUAUCAAUACUUUUCAAGCUGAUAUGCAGUUACCGUAUUUGAGAAAACUUCACUGAUGCAAUUAAAUGAGAUUUGACAUUGUGAUGAAAAAUAGAGCAGAACUUUCUCUUAGCAGCAGGUGACACAAACCAACGUGAAUCACAAUAGCUCGUCUUGAACUAUACCAGAUAUAAUGCUAACUUUAAUAUUGGGGAUUAAGUCUCAGGAAUAGUAUUAAGUUUUAAUCCUUCGCAACUAGUGCAGUGCCAACUCAUAAGCGAGAGGUUAUUAGCGAAGAAAACGGUUAUUAAUUCCUAGCUUGAAAAUUGAGCCCUCUUGUCUUCCAAGUGGUAUGAAUUUCUUUCGUCGAAAACGAUUUUAGUGUUUGUUUUGUUUAAUUCCUUUGGUAAGGUUUAGUCUUUUAACUGUGACCGAAGAUAUUUGAUAAACGUAGAAGAAAGGUGAAUUGUCUUGAAACAUGGAUAGUCUACGGCCAUUAUGUAAUGUUUAAAACACCUUACAGCCACCCUUGUGUCAGUUUUUAAUUUGCAUCAAGGAGUUUAGUGCUUUAGUAGCCAUACUUUACAAUGUAAAUCCAAUUUAUUAGUAGAUUGCACGAUCCGAUCUUGAAUGGAGAUUACGGAAUUUGAAAACACAAGAUACGCGAAACACGAACGGGCUAAGGUGAAACACUUUUUCAAUUGAAUUAAUUGGCCACCCUCUGACAUACUGUAUGGAAAAGUACGCUGUAUGUUGGAUAAUGAAUCCAGAGAAAACUGUCUGCAUUUGGGUUCAAAAAACUAAAAGAGCGAUUUCAAAAAGAGUUCUACUUCUCUUUAUCAAUCAUUUCCUUUCCUGUGUCGAAGUGUGAGAGCUUUUUUUUUUCACAGUUCCUAUCAUCAACGACGCGACAUCUGACUUAAUAGAAGGUUCAAAUUAGAUUACACAAUACCCAGAGGAAAAGGGAAGGAUUUGGCGCUUGAUCAGUCUCACAGCACGGAUCGUUACCGGCUUUUUCAUCUUUUUUGUAAACACGCUUUUUUUUUUCCUGGCUCGCCUGUUUCAAUAUAAAACUCACUAGCCACGGGUUUUACAGGCUAACGUGACAUGCGAAUUUUUGCGUGACUAAAAAAAAAAACUUUGAUGUUUAAAUAGAAAUAUUUGUCAUUAUUCAUCCUCUAUAAAAUUUUCUCCUUCGCAAUCGUCAUUCGUUUAGAGCUAUCCUGAAUAAAAUUUUCCUCAAUUCUUUAAAAACAUUUCAAAGAUUCGUGAUUUGUUUUUUUUCAACAACCCAAAACCUGCGUGAGUUUCCUGUGUUGCGUUAAGUAGCUCUCGGUGAAUCAGGGCAGAAGGUCCUUUUUCAAAAAAAAAAAACCUUGGCCGUGAAUAUUUCUGUUUGUUUUGUCUGCCGUCUGGGACUGUGUUCAAGCUGUUCUUAGUGAGAAGAUUUCGUCGUUGCCAACGUUGCGGUUUCGUCGUAAAAACAAAAAUGUUCAGAUUAACGAGUUUAACCUUCGCCGCUCGUGUAUCCAUGACAAAUAUUUUGGGUUUGUCAAAACUUAUCUUGGGAUUUAUCUCUAUGUCAUGCCCUGGGUGAAUUUUUUCAGAGAUACCUCCGAAGUGACAAUUUUCCGUUCGUAAAACUCUUAUUUAUUAUAGUCUGAGAGAGAGAGAGAGAGAAAAAGUCGAGUUGAGAUUCAAUAUCAAAUAUGAUAGCGAAUCAACGAGACCGACGGAAUCAACACCGGAAGAAAACGUAACCGACCACCUGAAUUCUUUAAUUUCCUCGUCAAUGGUAUUAGCGAUAAUAGAGGUAUUAAAAUCUCUUAAAGAAGGUCCACUCGUUUUUUAACCUGAUUAUUACCUCAUAGCUAAUACCUUAUAAACCGCUCUGCUAUGUUUUGCACAGAAAAGAAAUGACAAACGUGUAAUGUUAUUUUGCACGCAAUCAAAUGUAUUGUGAAUCUUGAAAGUAAUAAACACCCGUAAGUGACUUCACUGACAUCUUUCCAUUUCAUUUCAACAAAGCCGUUCAUUCAUCUUUACUUUCAUCUUGGAUUUCGUCUUGAAAGGUAGCCGACUGCGGACAGAGCAACGUUUUCUUCCUAUAAAAUCACGAUGCAUGAAUACGUAGUUUGAAACAAGUGAAGAAGUCAAACGGCCGAAAUGUUGAAUUUUAUCAGCGUGCUUCUGCAAAAAUUUGCUGACGUUUUCAAAAGAUUUUUCAUGCAGGCUUUUGCAUACGACAUGUAACCCUCCUAAUGACACAAAAUAUUCAUUACUCACCGAAAGCAGAGUUGCAAUAUUCAUUUUGAGGAUGACUCGGCAAACACGAGCAAGCACGACACACAGAAAUAAAUGCGUUGCUGAGGAAAAAUAGUAUAAGAAGGUACCCCAUCGUUAAAUUCUCCAGAGCGUGCUUCCAAACCCCGACCGGUGUCUGUAAAUAAGCUUUUUUGUCAGCUAAAAGCUAUAUAUUCCCAGCCGAUAACGACUUAUUUGAGCUGUUUCCUUAGCAAGCGGCAAACUUCGCUUUGAGUCGUACGGUAACCGGAUAUAGGGCGUCUAUGAAGACAAAAAAAUUCAGCCCUCUUCGAGAACUCAUGAUGUCACUGGGCAUUAAAAAUACUUUUCAGCGAACAGGACAAAGUCACGCCUUAUCGACCACACGGGGCUGUCUCGCACUGAGAUGGCUUUUUUCGUAUUUUCUUUUUCCGGACAAAAUUUCCAGCCAAAUUUAUGAGAAAAUAGAGCCAAAAACAUGACCAAUAUCAAGUAGUUUCUUAUUAGCAAUCUACAAUAUAACGCGAUUUAUUAUUGUCGCUCAAUCCUAACAGUUCUGUUUUUUCCUAAAUAUGUUAUAUUCUUUUCAAUUAUUAUUGUAGCAUCUGAUGGCAUAGGUAGUUAUUUACAUAUAGCUGUGGAAUUUUAAAGACAGAUUCUCGUGACCCCUUGCUAAGGACUUGUUUAGAUUAAUUUUUCCUUAAGCAUGGAAAGUAUUUGUACUCACUCAGCUGAUAGCAUAUUUCGCAUUUUCCAAGGAGGUUUCCGAGUGGUUAUUUGGUAGCCAGCGCGUUUACUAAUUCUCAAAUUUAUCACGUUUUCACAAGACUUUCACUUUGGUGUGAUGUUAGAAAACUGUAAUGGGAUUUUAUCGCUCUCUCGCUUCGGGAUUUGUUACUCCAAUCGAUCAUCUUCUAACUUGGAAAACACGUGUCAUUCGCUUACGGCCUAAUUUCAAUUUUUUUGGAACAGAAUAUGAUUAUUCCUUGAUAUUUUCUUUCAAACAACAGACCAAAAACGUGAAAUGUGUUUAAAACCUGGAAUUAUUCAAUCUGGCUCGUGCAUCAACACAUUAUCAAGACCAUUAGUUGUAGAAUGAUGACGAAAGUAAUUGGAGGAAGGCGAAAAACAUUACAUCUUUGCGUGUGGUGUUCAGCUCUAUUUCAUUGGAGCAAUUUGGGCGGUCGAACCAUGAACUACUCUAGCGGUUUUUUUCCGAGAGCGAUUCCACGGAAUGUUUUCGUUUGAACUUUGUAAUCUGUUUAAAGUGAUAACCCCACUGAACGGAACUUUUUAAGAGUCUUUAGUGCCGCAAAGCGGAAAAAGGCUCUUUUUUCUUUUUUUUUUCCUUCUUCUUUUUUUUUAAUCAUACUAAUUUGAAUUAGUCACUGCUCCGAGCAAUAUUACCUUCCGUUCAGAGGAGACAACUAAAUAUUAGUUUCAUGGGGUGGAAAAUUAUAGAAGCGACCAGAGUAAAACGAAGGGAAAUUCAUGGAUGGCUUAGGACAGAAAUCGGUGGAAACCUGAUUGUAAAUAAGGAAAUAGAAAAAUUUGGCAGCCUUAUAAACCGAUAAUUAAUCCUUUGGCGUAAACGAUAUCAUUUCAGUGCAGCUUAUAUGUUGUAUUAUGCUAUAAAUCACGCUUAGAUAUUGAAAAAGAUUUUGAUGUGACAUAUUUGCUCUGAGAAGAUUCUAGUUAAUUUUUUGUUGUGUUUUAAACUAGGUCACAUACUUGUCCACCUCUACCCGCUUUUGGUCAAUUUUCCUCUUCGAAAUUACUGCUUUACAUCGUCCCCAAAUAGAUUUGUAUAAGUUGAUUCGCUUUUGUUUCAUUCUAAAUGUACCAUUGAUAAUGGUUCCGUUUUUUACAGCCAAAAGAUAGCUUCACAAUAAUUCAAAACAAUUUCAAUUUUUAGCUCAAGGAGUUGUAAGGAGUAUCAGACCCCAUGCCAAAUAUUUGAUUUAUUUAUAAUAACGAUGAUUAUUUUAAGACUGUCGGGGUGAUAAAGUGAAAUGUUGUGUUUGAAAGAAGCGCGUAACUGCUGUUUUCAACGGCUGUUAGCAAAGAUGAAUGUUAUACACCCUUUGCUAAUAUCGCGCAUUUUUUGGCUUUAAACUCUGAAUUUUUCGGUGUUUGUAUCCUAACCACCUUUAAUUAGAUCUGUUUUCUUAUCUAAAGUUAUCUUUAUUGAAACUUGUUUGCGGUAAACCAUUGGCUCCCAUGACACUCUUAAAUUUUUACUUCAAGUCUUAUCUAAUGUUGCAGUUUGAAAUGAAAUUAGAACAAUCGAAUAUACAUUUGAGCCAAUUAGCUCUAUCCGUAUUUGCUCUAAUAUCCACUCUCUCAAAACAAAUGCACAAGGCAUGAGUGAAAUAUAUCAUGUCAAAAUCGUGCCAAUUAUUUACUAAGUAAACAUGCAAGAGAAACCAUUUAAAACAUAUGAAAAUGGCUACUUCGUCGCUGAUGUAAUUGAAUCCAACUGCCCACCAGCAAAUGGAUAUACGCUUGCAUGAAGUUGUUAGAAUUGUUCUAGAAGUUUUAAGCUUAUUUUUUCAAGAAGCUUAAGGUUUAGAGAUAAGUAAGUUUCCUCUUUUUAUCAUUUCAAGUCAAAACCAAAUCGUUAAAGUAUUGUGAUAUAUCUUUGUGUGCUUGCAUGAAGUCACUGUAAUUAUUCUAGAAGCGUAGGGCUUAUUUUUUUCAAGAAGCUUAAGGCUUAAAGAUGAGUUACAUUCCUCUCUUUAUCAACUAAAAUUUAUGCCAAGCUGUGUUAGUAUAUAUUGUCGUAUUUCAUAAUCUUAAGAAGAUAUUUCCUUUCCAAAUUAUUGAUUUUAAGUUGUUGUGACAUGAAGAUAGUCUGUGAUUUCCAGUGGGCAAUGAUUGUUGCCGCUGAAUACUUUUUGCAUACCAUUUCUAUAGUCACGUUUUUUUGGUAUGUUUCGUCCGCCACUUUGAAAGAGGGGUGCAAAACUGCAAGAACUGAAAUGUUUCAUGCGCUGUAUCAUCCAGAAAUUUCGUUACAAAAUUGUAAGAGAGUUGAGGGAAUGUAUUCUAGUUUUCAAAACGUGGUUGUUUUUCAAAUUAAGAAACUCACGUCAUUUCAUUGUCUUACGACAGCUCUUAUAACCUCAAGAAGGUUUGCCAUCUAAAACUUCCUGAUUUUCAAUACCUAUAAAUGUGAUUAAUUAAUCGUAUAGUAUUGGGCCGAUAAGCUUAAGCUAAAUCUAAACUUAAUUCUUACAAGAUAAAUGAAAAAAUUCAGCCAAAUAGCCAAGGUCAGUUAGACAGCUAAGAAUCCUAUUGUCCGGUCACGCCCAUUUUUGACCAUUACCAUGCUCCACCGCACGACAAAAAACCAUUUGAAGACAAACUCUGGUGAACUCCAACGUGACAACUUAGGUAUUUUGUGCGCUACUCACAAUGACGAGAAUUCCUCGGAUUUAUUGACAUUCUUGCCGAAGAUUUACUGGCUCUUUCUUAAUAGAGAUUUGUUUCAAAUCGGCCACGUUGUUAUGAUAACAUUUCUGUUGAAAUAAAGCUUUCUCCAUGUCUUUUUAAAGUGAUGCUAUGAAUGCUGAAUGCAAUAAAUCUUCCUUCAUUGUUUUGUGAAAUUGACGCUGUAAGAAACCAAUCUUUUAGGUUUCGCUUGAAACUUUUCCAUCCAUGAAACGUGCCUCAAAUUUUGGGCGGAUAUGAUAGUCAGACCGAGAAAGAAGACGCCCGCUCGCGUAAACCGCGAGCAAACCGCGUUCAAACCGCAUGUAAACCACAUUUAGGACAGAAUCACGGUAGGCAAUAAUACAACGGAAAGUUCCUACCAUUGAAAUUCCCUGCAGAUAGUGAUAUGUGUACUCAGGCUAGCAGUUCAAACAUUAUAAUGGUCUCAUAAUUUUAUUUACAUCUGAAUAUUAAGGAAAUUUAAUUUUUUUCACGUGCGCAAUACAAAGAAAAUCCUAAGUUCGCCCGUAGCACGAGUCAAACCCAAGUGUUUCUUACAAAAUGUAUUUUUUGAUUAAAUUUAAAAUUAAGCGUGGUUUUAAUUUGAUUGAAACAAAAUUAAUUACUAUUCCUAAUGAGCUCAUCUAUAAAAGAUGACUCUUACGGGAGUGGAAUGAUUUUCCACGAUAGACAUUUGCACAAUAUAGUCGUUGGGAAAUGUAGUGAACUGUGUUGAUCACAGUCCCGCUUAACUUUACAGCCUUUCCAACGAGCGUCUGGGGCUGUUUUUGGUUACAGGCAAGGGUUUGUUAUGACAGCGAGUUACAGAAUUGAAAAGAAGCUCCAGUGAAUCUUAGCAUGGCGCAAACUGAUCAUGAAUUAAGGGUUUGUGUAUUGAUGAAAUAUUCGAAACUUGAAAAGAAUGGCAACAUUUGGUUUCGAAAUAACACAUGAAAGGUUUUGGAAACAGAGCGCUAAUACGUGUAAUUGACCUGUCCCGGCUAACCGUUUCCAGGUGAAUAUAAUUUCCGCGUUCAAUUCUUUGGAUCAAUAUUAGUAUCUGGGCAAAUGCCCACCUACCCCUCCCCCAACCCAACAUUAACCUUAAUUAACUUGUUGUCAAUUGACUGUUGUUGAGUUUGGGGAGGGGUGGGUGGACAAUUGCCCAGAUACUGAUAUUGAUCCAAUUCUUUUAACCCCCUUUUUGUCGGCAUGUUUUUCAUGUCUUAAAUUUCGAACUAGGAGUGAAACGAUGAUCAAAAGCUGAAUUCUUCCAUCUGCUUACUUUUAAUUGACUCAAAGUUGUUAGGAGAACUUAAAUCGUCGUGUUGGCCUCUUGCAUAAGACAUACAGAAGUGUUUUGAAUUUAGCUUGUUUGUUGAAGUUGUGCGCUGUAGGCCAUAUUUUGCAGAACUUGAAAAGGUUAUCACGUUAUCGCGGUGAGGAUUUUAGAACGCAGUCAAGUGCAAUUCGAUUUUAGCACUAUACUUUUAAGCACAUGAAUUUUACACAGUCAUACCAAAUAAACUUUGAUGUUGGUAUUUUACAGUAGGCUUAAUCCUUCGCUUUGAACCGACACCCCACUCCCCACUCCCCUCCCUCUUCCCAAAUGGGAGGGGGGGAGGGGGGAGGAGGAAAUAUUUGCUCGUUCUGUUCGAUGAUUUUGGGAUUCACUGCAUGCGUGCGCGAUGCUGUUGUAUGGUUUAACCAAAUUCAAAAUGGCUACUUCAUACAAAAUAUAAUAGUCUAAAACCAAGACAAAAUCUUUUAAAUACAUCAACGGACUUAAACUAAUAUGCAUGCAUGCUUCAACACGCUUCGUGUACCUGAUGUGUAAACUCAGACGUAAAAAUGCAUUAAAUUUUUUUUUUUAACGCACAUUAUAUAAACAAAUUAUUUUCUUUGCAAAUAUGAAACACCGAUAUAGAAUAACCAUUGUUUAAGUGAUAAGCGAACAGGAUUAAAAUAUAAGCUAUUUUCAAUGUUAUUAGAGGAUAAAAAAGGAGAAGGUUCUUUUGUUGUCUAUACGCUGUUCUAAGCGUGUGGUAAAAACACGUGAAGUAACACCAGAAAACAUAUGUUUAGAAGCUCACAGAAUUUCACCAGAUUUUCAAGAUUACCCCAGUUUCCUCUGAAAUUUGCUUUGCAGAGUUCUUUUUUCAGCACAGCUAGGAAAUUCAAUAUUAGAAGCUUUAUCGCCAUUCCUUCUUUGUCUGUAUAUCCGACCACCCAUUUCGACACCCCAAGUUAUUUAAGUUGUUUGCUAUGAAAGAGGCUUACAAUGUUGACAGGCUUAUAGAAACGUGCGGUAGAGCAAGUUUCCGUUCACGAUUAGAAGGUAGUUUGCGAUAACGUUAUCGGCUGUUAAAGUGCAAUCUAUAGAUAUGCAUAUACAUUUCUUUUUUGCUAACGAAAAUCCGGUCGGCUUUCAGCUCAUAGAAUCUGAAGAACAUUUGAAUCUUCAACUAUCCAGACAUUCUAUUCACAGCUCUUUCCAAGAUAAAUUUAGCGAAAAGUCAGGGUGGGCUGUUUCAGAUUUCUCUUGUGCGUCCACGUCCAAAGAUGAGAGCUGAUUUACAGCUUCUAGAAGUCUGGUGAGCGGUUGACGCUUAUGAAAACAAAUAUCUGAAAUUAGCUUAAAACCUUAAAAAAAAAUAAAAAUUCACACGGGAAAAAGGCAGAUCGAUGGAUAUUGAAGUGAAGAUAAGCUAAGGAGCUGAGCUUGGGAUAAAAUGACCAAAAGCGAAGCUAGGCGUCGGCAGAUAAGAGGGCUAACGUUAGCACGCUUAAAUUAGCACCAUCGGAUCAGUGGUCAGUGGCGAGUUAAGUGCGGAAAGUGUUGUAGCAUGAUGGAUGAUCCAUCAAAAAAUUAUAAACUUAUAGUUUUACUUUCAUAUUAACAUGUCAUCAGCGUUUAAAAUUUUUUCACUGCUUUUUUUCUACUCCCUAAUAUUCGUUUGGUGUGUUGUUAAUUUAGUUGGGAGAUUUGCAAUAUUGAUCAAUUUUACAGACUAAAAAUAGCGACUAAAUAGUGACUAUUUAUUGGUUAAAGAUUGAUAUAACUGUUUUUCGACGUUUUUCCUUCUGCUUGCAGUUAAUAACUCCGAAAUUUCCUGUCGUGGUGAAGGUUGGCCAUGCGAAUGGUGGAUAUGGCAAGGUAAGGAAGGUUUUUUUUUUUUUAAAGUGUUGUCAUAAUUCAUCAAACUUAGACAAACUAGACAAUUUUUCGUCAUCACGUAUUUCGCAAUCAAAGUCAUUUAACCACGUACCACCAGUCUGCGAGACUGUCUGUCUGCCAGACAAAUCCUUAAAUCUGUGGGCACCAGUCCUACGAGUGACAGAUCCUUUCCAGAUUAUGACGCCUCCAAAAAUAUCCCAAUGUUUUUUUAUUUGUUUUUUUUUAGAUUGUUUUGAUUGAAUAAUAAAUAUUUGGAAGUUAUGGAAUGGUCACUGGCGAAAGAAAGGAAGAGGUGGAGAUGGUUAACACCCUUUUUUCCAACCGUUACCGAAAUAAAAAAAUCAAACACUGUGGCUCAGCUAACCAUUCGAGAGUUUGUAACGCUGAUUAACGCUACCUCGGUAGACCCCAGACUCCUAUACAGUAGUCUGCUCUUUCCCCCCACCCCUGUGCCCACGUACCUUCCGUUGUGAUCGAUUUGCCACCAAUGAGAUACAAACCCCAGGCUGUGGAUACGACAUAAAUAUUGUCCGAUAUGGCCGGACUUUUUCGCUCAUCUUAUAAUGAAACCAGCUGAGUUCAUCAUAUUCCUGUUUAGGUUUGUGUUCACAACCACCGCAGCUUCCAGGAUAUCGCGAGUAUUGUAGCCUUGACGGAUACGUACGCCACAACUGAACCUUUUAUUGCAGGCAAAUGCGACGUUAGAAUUCAGAAAAUUGGUACCCACUACCGAGCUUUCAAGUAAGUCUUUUUGGUUUGUUGUUUAGCUGCUUUAUUUCAGCUAUUUCAAGUAUGACAAUGAUAUUUGUUUUGUACUGGAGCGUAAAGAAGUGCGGAGUAUUUGUCAAAUUCAACGGUAUUCGGACCAGCUGAAUAUUUCCCGCCAAAACUGCGCGCCGUUUUCGCUGUCUGCGUUACCAAGUCUUUGCCACCAGAGAAGCCGUGAGUCCUGGGAACGAGAUUAAUGUAGGUUUUGUUUUGCGUUGCGUUAUGUUAGGGCAAACGUGAAACAGUAAAAAUUGUACCUUACCGUCAACCGAUCGCAGCUGUUUGUGCACUAAGGUGAAAAUACUAGCACUGGGUGUGAAGAAAGGAAAUGCGUGACGAACAUUGGAUUUGAGGAAAAAAAAUCAGUAUCACCUGUGCUGAUUGCCGUUGCUUUAAACGACAGGUUUCAUUGGUAACUGAAAUUGAACUUGAGAGUACAAAUAGUACAUUAUGUAACGUUAACACUAUAUCACCACAGAUCAGCAGUUAACUCGUGUUUAUUUUAUAUUCUGCUUAAAGACGAACAUCCAUUUCGGACAAUUGGAAGACCAACACAGGGUCCGCUGUCCUUGAGGAAAUAGCUAUCACCGACAGGUAUAUUUUGUUAUGACCUUAUGUCAAUCUUGCUUUCUUGGGUAGUGUUGCUAUCCUUCGCCCUUCGAGCGUGAUUCUUUUUCCUGCCGCUCAAAAAAUCACCCCAGCUCACGCUCGCUGGUCAUUUUCUGACCUACGAUUAAGGUAGCGCGAUUUAAGCCUGGACUGAUGAACCUAUCUAACAUUUGUGAAAACUAGGAAAAGGCCCUACAGUUGGAGAAGAAAGAAGUUUUUUAAAUGAUCCUGUUUUCUCCCAAAAACUCUCGAUUUUAAUGGGGAGAGCACAGAAGACGAGGCCAGCUCAAAACUCUUCGGGAUGACCUUGGAGAUUUUCGUAACACGCUCGGACGUCGUUGGCAAUCAUCAUAUUCGUGCCCUAUGACUAGAAAGAAAUUUUGUGGAUAUACUUUCGAUCCAGGGCAGGGGCGUGUACCGGAGUAAACUCGUUUUGCGCCUCAGUCUUUGUCUGAAAGAUUUUCCUCUUUCAGACGUUUCUAAACGCAACAACAUGUACUGUUGCUCGCAAGGUUUUUCUACAAAAGUUUCUUAAUUUUCAUCUUUUUGCUGCAGGUAUAAGAAGUGGGUUGACGAAUGUAGUCAGCUGUUUGGAGGUGGCCUGGACAUUAUGUGUGUGGAGGUUAUUGUAGGAAAGGACAACAAGGACUAUAUCAUCGAGGUAACUUGAGAAAUUUGAAAAGCUGACGUUUCGAGCUCUAUGGAUUGUGGUUUGUAAGUGUGUUUCUGUCGAGGAGAAUGGGGUUGUCAGCUCUUGUGGUUAUUUUCUUCGUCUUGUCACGAGCACGAGACAUAAAAAUUAUAAGUCCCCAUGAUAAAUCGAAGCUUAGAUCUUUGGUUCUGCGCUCUGAUGCUCUGCCAUAGAGCAACAGAGAGUCUGCAGCUAGCUGGGCCAUUAUAAGGUACGAAUACAAAACACAUCCUGCAUCUUACCGCUAAAAUCAGCAGUGGUAAGUAAUGAUGCAGAAAGAAAUGGACCCAGUUUGCUGUUGAUAUCUAACUAAGUGCUUCACUUGCCCGCUGAUGCAGCACAGAAGUUCAUUAAAAAACUACUAUGAAUAACCGCGAUGAAAUCGAGUUUUUAUAAACAUCCUUCAUGUUACAGAAACCAGGAUAAUCUAAUGUGCUACGGAUUGAACACACUGCACUUGAUUCUUACUCUAUUGAAAUUUUCUGUAAGGUGAAUGACACCGCCAUGCGACUCUUCAGUGACACACAAGAUGAAGACCAGAGGAGGAUCGCUGACCUGGUAAUCGCGCGAAUGGAGAAGGAGUAUCCACCUACUCUAGAACCCAGAACCGCCACGGGCGCCGCGCUUACAGGUGCUUUUACAUCUUGUCUUUUAAUUAACGUACAACUUUAAUUAAUAGCAAAGUCGACUGGUCACACCCCCAACCGCGGAAAAUCUAAUGUAAAUCUAAGAAGAGGAAAAAAUACAAGGGUAGGAAACGUGCAGCAUAUGUUAAAAGGUGAAAGUCACAUAACCCGUGCUAAGAGCGGGAAAGUAUCAACAAGCUUUGUUCAACGCGGGACAACACGUAACCACUGCAAAUCACGACAUGUAGCUGACACGAAGUCUCGAACAAGUGGAAGGAAAUCGUGUAGGCCGUACGGAAGCGUGAGAAAACUCCUUAAGCGCGCAAGGCAUGAAAAAAUUUUUUUCAAGUGCGAAUGCUAUGCCCACCACUCAAAGCAUAAUAAAUCUAUUUUAAAAAUUGGUAAGGAUUAUUAAAAAGAAGUUGACUUCCCAGUUUGCUAGCGGUUUUCUUGUUGUGUCUCAAGAUGUGUCUGAGAGUAAUGACGAGUUUUUACUUGAAAUUUCUUGUACAUGUUAAUUCUUGCUUCUUUCUCCUUUGUUUAUUUUCCUCUGGAAUGACGUGACCCUUUUUGUGAAGUGAUUUAUCAUUAAUAUUUACUUGGGGUGCAAUUCUCAUCUUUUCUUUUCUUAUGUAGAGCGAAGUAAUUUGUUUAUUUAACAUUUUUACUUUUGCAUUCCUUCUUUUCUCUCUUCCUUUUACUUCCUGGCUCUCAGGCGAACGGGCAAGUGACGGUACCUGUAAGUAGCGGUGAGAAUCUUUUCCUUUCACUAAAUCUGUUCUAUUUCUCUUUCAAAACAUCUGCGCUGAUCAACUGAUUGUUGAACUAAAGAGUUUUUUAAAUGUAAAGUUGGUUGAUGGAAAUAUGGAAUCAGAUAUAUACUCAUAGCUAGCGAGUUUUAACAGCACCGUUAUUUUGGAAGUCACGUCAUACGCUUGCCAAUGUAGCUAAACUAUGUUGUCCCUUUGGAAUCCUUAUGAACGAGAUCGUUAGUUUAUGUGACGUCACAUAGUCCAACGUGUCGCUGAGUGGGACUCAAAAGCACCAAUAUGACUGACAUAUUUUAUUUUUCGGCUUUUUUUAUGCUUUUCCUUUAUUUUACAAAGAAAGAGAAUUGACUUUACCCAACUCUUUGUUCAAUUAAAAGGCAAUUUGUUCGAGCGGUAGAGCUUUCUAUUAAUCUUCGGUUGUCUUGAUUCUGUUAGAAGGGAAUGGAUGAUUCACAAGCAAUCGACUGUUAUUCUUUUGUUUCUCCUCCCUUCCUAUGCUAACAUCACUAUCAUUCACUUCUUGUUCACUUCCCUGACUGCUUCACUUACUUUUAGGAGGUUUUAGUUUGAUGAACGAGCUAAUACAUCAUGGAAAUGCUACAUUUCUUAUGAUUGUUGAGCUUUUUUCUUUUGGCAUCGUACAUGCAUGCGUAAACCGCAAAGACCACAAAACCAAAUGAUUUGUUUCAUUUGAUGUACUAAGAAUGUCGACGCACCUCGCAAGGACAAUUUUUUUCCCCUAAAAAGUCCUGGACAAGUAAAAAACGUUGUCCUUGUUUUCAUUCAAUUCCUAUAAUUUUGGCGAAAUUGCAUCAUUUAAAAUAUUGCCCCUCUACUUCAAGUACGUCUGAUCAUUUUAGCAACGUUUUAUCGUUAGAACUGUUUACCGUUACAAGAUUAUUGUAUACCAGAAGAGAAAGCUCGACCAAGAUCAAGAGUGGGGGACUUAAAAAAAAAGAGAGAGAAGCUUAUUUUUUGAUCUAUGAAGCAAGCUUGUUCAGUACAAGCUGUUUCAAAUAAUAAUUCAGUUCGGCUCGCACAUCCCAAAUUUGAAGAGGACUACGACGUCACUUUCUCUGUCGAUUCAGUCUCCUCUCGAUGCUACACAAUUGGAACACAAUCUGGUUAUGAUGAUUAGUCUUAAAAAUUAAAAUAACUUUUGGAAUAUAGGCGUAAUAAUUAGCGUGGUGUAUUUCGGCCCAAAAUCGAGUAAAAACAAGAAAAACAAGUGUUAAUCUCAGGGGUAGUUUUACUUUUUGCUUGGGAAUGAAUAGAUUUUUUUUAGUGAAAUUUUUUUCUGUUGCAGGUGCUUUUAAAGUUAUCGGGGGUCCCGGCGCGCCGAAAGUUUCAGAAGGGGCAACAAAGACGGAAAAAAAGAAAAAUGGACUGUUCAGUGGUUUUAUUGAUUAG